UGAUGUUAUUAUUAUUGUUGUUGUUGUUGUAGCUUCGUUGCGUGAGAAAAAUCAAUUUUGCAUUUGGGCUGCCAAGCGAAGCGGCAUUAGCGAAGCAGGACAAAAGGACAAGGCUGUGGCUAGCGAACCCAAAUGACAUUUUGGCCCAACGACAAGCGUAUUAGAAAACCGAUGCUAUCAUGGCCGAUAGCACAGAUCCAGGCAGGCAUAAGGAUCCAACCAUAGAUGCCGGCGCUAGCAUGGAUGUGGGUAAGGACGUGCCCCCAAUACCAGCUGUUCGACGGCGCCAUGCGCAUGAGCAGAAAACCACAGAGAAUGUCGAGCAGCAGGAAGAGACAUCGGCAACCAAACAGCUGGAGACGUCCACAGUGACGCGUACGUAUAUGAAGACCAUUACCACGUCACUGACCACCUCCAGCAGUACCAGCGAUCUACAAUUGGGGACACCGCCGCAACGCCUCCGCCAGAAGGUGGCCCAAUACGAGAAGGUGUGGUCCGAUGGCACUGGCAAACGCCCGGCCGACCUGGGCACAGAUGAGCUGCGUCAGCAGCAAAUGGACGAUUACGACGAGGAGAAUCCGUUCGACAUUGAUGUGCACGAAAUAGAGCGACGAUUGCGUGAGGAGCGACAACGUGGCCUGGCCGAAGCGGAGGCAGCUAAGUUGGCCUUCCAGCAGGUGCAUCUGCGUCACACGACUCCGCGGCGAGUCGAAGUGACCAGCGAGCACACGGCCAGUCCGUUCAAUGUCACCUUGAAGACCACCAGCCGCAUAAGUCCGGGCGCUGAGCUGGGCAAUGUGGAGGAUCAGCUGUCGCCUUUCAAUGUCACCUUGCGCACCACGCGACGCACUGUGAAAAAGGAUUUGUCUCGCCAGAUGGAGCUGGAGCGUUUUCUGGACGGCGAGCGCACGGUGCGCGAAGUGCAGGCGGUGGAUGGCGUUCGCACCAUCAUCACAUCCUCGAGGACCAGUGAUGGUGGCUAUGCCGAGGAGAAAAUCUAUCGCCAUGGCGAGGGCUAUGUCUCGCCGCGAGAUUCACCCUCCUGGUCACGUUCCAGUGUGUCCAGCGAGCGUUCGAGUGUCACUUCGCCGCACAGCGUCGAUAUGACCGCGGGUGGCCGUCGUAUAUUAAUCAAAUUGGAGGAUGAGCUGGAGUCGCCGCUAGCCGGUGGUGAGCAAGGCGAGCAACACGAUGAAACUGAUGGCUCGGUCCGUGCACGCAUUCGUCAAUUUGGUGGGCACGACGAGGACGCUAUGGCAACGGGUAACAUUGACAUUACCGUGGGUAGCAACCCACGCAGGCGUCAGCGUUUGUACCAACAAACAACGUAUCAAGUGGGUGGCAACGAAACGCCACAACAACACCAGGAGCAACAGCAACGGCAGCGAGCUAGCCGUCCCAGCGAACUGUCAUGGCAAACGGGAAAAUCAACAACAACAACAUUGCUAACAUCCACGCCGAUUGGCACGAAGGAGCAACCGCAAACAGUAACGCCGGACGAGGUGUUUAGUCCAGCUGCAACGUGCCAAUUGCGCGGUUCUUCGACGGAAGAAUCACGAAAAAUUGUUAGCCACAAAACGAUAAACAGCACAACAACAACGACCACACAAUCCGAAAGGUCCGAGCGGUCCUCCACAUCCUCAACGUCGCGUAAAUCAAUCGGUUUUAUUGACUCGAAUGCGAGUCCGAGUAACGCUGGCAAUAUCUCGUUUACCGCCUCGCAGAUACGCAUCAGCGACGACGCGAACGUCGACGUCAUCGAUUACGAUUCGGAUACUGAGGGCGUGCCGGCCAGCAGUCUUGUGAUUGUGUCCACGCCCACGCGCUCAACAACGCCCUCGUCGGCGCAUGCAUUGAGCGGCAUCGGUACUUUUAGCAAGAGUCUGCGUCAGGAUAAUCAGACUCAAGCGCAACAAAGUAACCGCAGCACCCACACCAACGAACCCGAACACGAAUACCAGGAGUUCCAAUCCACAAUGGCGUCGAUCAAUUUCGCACGCAGUAAUUCCCAGUACGACAGCCACAUCAAGGAAAAACGAGAGGAGCAGGAACGUGUGCAGAAGAAGACAUUCACUAAUUGGAUUAAUUCAUACCUAUUGAAGCGUGUUCCACCGCUUCGUAUUGAUGAUUUAAUCAAUGAUUUGCGCGAUGGCACGAAACUCAUCGCACUGCUCGAAGUGCUGUCCGGCGAACGUUUGCCCGUGGAGAAGGGCCGCGUCCUGAGACGUCCACAUUUCCUUAGCAAUGCGAAUACGGCUCUGCAAUUUUUAGCCAGCAAACGCAUCAAAUUGGUCAAUAUUAAUCCCGCAGAUCUGGUGGAUGGGAGACCACCAGUUGUGUUGGGUCUGAUAUGGACGAUUAUAUUGUACUUCCAGAUCGAGGAGAAUAGCCGCAACCUAGAAUAUUUGGGUCAUGGUAUUGGCGGUUCGGUUAGCUCGCUCGACAGUGUUGGCAAGCAUAAGGCUGGCGGUGAUCUAAGAGCCGAGAAAUGGAAGCAAGGUGCCAAGAAAACGCUACUCAAUUGGGUAACGAAUGCCUUGCCAAAAGACAGUGGUGUAGAGGUUAAGGAUUUCGGCGCUAGCUGGAGAGAUGGCGUCGCUUUCCUCGCACUCAUCGAUGCUAUCAAAGCGAAUCUGGUUAAUUUAGCUGAGCUAAAGAAGACCAGCAAUCGUCAGCGUUUGGAAACAGCUUUCGAUGUGGCCGAAAGCAAAUUGGGCAUUGCCAAAAUUUUGGACGCUGAGGAUGUGGACGUACCCAAACCGGAUGAGAAGAGCAUAAUGACAUAUGUGGCGCAAUUCUUGCACAAGUAUCCCGAACCAAAGGGUGCAUCCCGUGACGAGUCGCAUGUGCAACAAGAAGUGGACGAAUUGCGUCGUUUCCUGUUGGAGAAGACCACCGAAUAUGAGCCGAUGGUCAUGAUGAGUUCGUUCCCACGUGAUUUUAGUGAAUAUCUGCUGGCACGUUCUGAAGUCGAUGCACACUUGCCUGCGUAUAACCGGCUCAAGCAACUGAUUGAGAGCCAGAGCGGUUUUCUGCAGGUCUCACGUCAAUCGUGGGAUGAGAUUAACGAGCUGUGGCAGCGUCUGCAAUACCAGAUGAUGUACUGGCUCUGGCUAUUGGACGCCGAGCUGCCCGGCGAUUUUGGUGCUGUGGGCAAAUGGCUGGCCGAGGCCGAGAAGUUGCUCAUGGACAACGAUAUACCGAAUGCGAUGAAUGAGGAAACAGCCGCUGUGAUCAGUAGAAAGCUGGAGGAGCACAAGCUGUUCUUUGCCGAUCUGCCACGCAUUGUGGCCAUGUUCGACAAUGCCAAGCGCUCGCCGCUGGCCCAACAGGUGCCACUGGAGCAGCUGCGCAACAUGGAGCGUCGCCUGCAGGAGGUGGGCCCCAGGGCUGCGGAGCGCCGGAUUCGCAUGAAAUUCCUCGAGCACAAAUGCUGUCUGAUUGCCUUCCUUAAUUUGGUGGAGAAUAAGAUGCGUGGCUGGACCGGCAAGUACGGGUCCGAGGAGAAGGUCGCCCACCAGCUGGAGCAAUAUAAGAACUUCGUAUCGCGCAACAAGAUCUUCCAGGAGUUCCAGAAGGCAUUCGUCGAUAUGCAACAAGUGGUCGAGGAGUACAAACGUGAGGGCAAUGUGGCCCGCAAGGACAUCAACGAAAUCGAUCGCUUUAUGUACGAGACCGAGGAGCGCUGGAAGCGUGUCUCCAUGGAGCUGAAAUGCUGUCAGAAUUCUCUCGAGGAGGUGGUCAAUUGUUGGCGCAACUGGAAUCAGUUGGCGCCCAGCUGCGAGGAGUGGCUGCUGCUGGCCGAACAGAAGCUGAACCAGAGCGAAGACGAUCGCUUGGAGUUCUUCCAGGACAUAACUGUGUGGAAGGAUAAAUUCGAUGCUCUGGCCAAUGCGGCAAACUAUCUGAUUGCCUCCUGCGAGGAGCCAAUUGCUCAGCAGCUGCGUCAACGUCACGGCGCCCUGGCUGAGCGCUUCGAGCGUCUCUUCGCCAAUACCAAGCAAUACAUGCAUGCUGGCGACAUCAUACGCUCACGCCAGGAGUACAAAUCUGGCAUUGAGAAGCUCUCCAAGUGGCUGCGUGGCGCCGAGAGCGUCCUGGAUCAGCGUCAAGUGCUGGGCAACAGCGAGCAAAUCCGUCGCUAUGGCGAGCAGCUGCAGCAGCUGGCCAGCGAAAUUGACGACAACGAGGAACUGUUUAAGAACAUCAGUCGCACCUUCCAGUCGCUCAUUCAGGAUCUGUCGCGCGACGAGGUCGACAAAAUGAUGAAGCUGCUCAAGCAGGAGAAGGAAUCGCUGGUGCGCAUACGCGCCCAACUGCCCGCCAAGCUGCAUCUGUUCCACCAGCUGCAGAUACAGCAGGAGUCGCUGGAAGCGGGCCAAAAGGAGAUCCACCAAUGGCUAACCGAAGCCGAGCAGCUGCUGGGCACCCACAAUCUGGCCGGAGGACGCGAAUCUAUCAAUGAGCAGCUGCACAAGCACAAGACCUACUUCUCGCGCACCGUCUACUAUCGCUCCAUGCUGGAGAGCAAGAACAAGGUGUUCCAGAAUUUGGUUAAGGCUGUCUCGGCCGAUGAUAAAAUCGACACGGCCCCAGCCGCACAGCAAAUGCAACAGCUGAACGAACGCUUCAACUAUGUCAUACAGAAUGCCGGCAAGUGGGAGCAACGCCUGGAGGAUGCUGCCGGCGGCUGGAGUAAGUUCAAGGACAACGAACGUGUUGUCAACGAAUGGCUGACACAGGCCGAGUCGAUGCUCGUGGAGAAGCACAUUGAGUCGAAGACAACAAUCGAGACGCAAAAGUAUUUCUUCGAACAAGUCAACGAUCGCUGGAUGAACGAUCUGGUGCAGUCGGCCCAGCAGCUGCUGAACACUCUGCCCAGCCAGGAGCAGCCGGCUGUGGUGCAAAGUGUGGAGCAGCUGCAGUCGCGCUGGAAGAACGUGCUUGGCCAGGCGCCGUUGCACCUGCUCAAGCUGGAAUUCCGUCUGGACGAGAAUGCGUUCUAUCAGUCCCUGAAGGAUGUUGAGAAGGAGCUGCAGCUGGAGCAACAGGCUCUGAAUCGUAACGAGGAUGUCGAAUCGAUCCUGCAGCGUAAUCAGCAAUUCCUGGUGCAACAGGACACGGUGCCACGCCUGGAGAAAUGCCUGCAGAAUAUGCAGCGCUUGGCCCAGGCGCACAGGCAACAGCAGCCCGGCGACUUUAGCCUGGACCAGGCCUACGACAAUGCCAAGGCCCAGUGGCAAAUCAUGUCCAAUAAAUUGGCCGACAUGCGCCAGACACUACAGCAAAUACCAGCUCAAUGGCAGGGCUAUCAUCUGAAGUUCGACGAGAUGAUCAACUGGAUGAACAGCGUCGAUCAGAGCCUUAAGAACAUUGUUAACGAGGUCAACACCAUGGAGGAGUUUGAAAAGGAGAAGGUCGUUUUCCAGAAAAUCUGCCAGGAUGCAGAUAACAAACGUGAGGACAUGAAGUGGCUGGUCAAAACGCUAGACUCUCUGCUCAGCUAUGCCACCGAAGAGGAGGCAAAUGUGGAGCAAAAGAAGCUGGAAGAUCUAAUUGCACGCUACAAGAACCUAAUACCCACCAUUGAGAUAACAAUGGUCAAGACUGAGGUGUUCUCCAAAUGCUAUACGUAUCGUCGCGAGGUGCACGAAGUUGUUUGCCUGCUGACCAAGGUCAAGGAUCAAACGGCCAAUAUUCCAGCGCCCGAAAGUCUGGACCGUGUCAAUCGUCUAAUUGAGGAGCAACAGUAUGCCAUCAAUCAGCUCGACCAUCAGCGGCCACACAUCAUGUCCAUGCUGCAACGUGGACGUGAUCUCAGCAAGGAUGUGCACGCCCCGGCCUUUGUCAAUGCCGAGGUGAAGAAUCUGGAGACCGGCUGGAAUCAAGCUUAUACCGAAACCGCAGAUAAGCUGCAAGCGCUCAAGGGCACUCAGGCAGUGUGGAGCGAGUUUGUCGACCAGAAGAACGAUAUCUUCUCCAUGCUGCAAACCGCUGAGACAGAGCUGCGCGCUCUGACACCACUCCAGACGGAUCCCAAGAACGUCAGCCAGGAUCUGAAGUCGAAGCGUGAUCUGAAUGUGCAGCUGCAGCAGGCAUCGCAUCAAUUGUUGCCCAAGCUGCAUGCCCUGAAAUCGGAGCUGGCACCGCUAGCCGCUGCCGAUAAGCGACCCAUACUCGAGAAGGAGGUGACCGAGGUGGAGAAGAUGUUCUUCAAUACCAUGGAGCAUGUCAAGGAUCGUGUGGGCUACCUGGAGGACUACAGUGCCAAGUGGAACAACUACAAGACGCGUCUAGCCGAGCUGCAGGAAUGGGCCAACAAGGUGGCGCCCAAGAACAUUGAGGCCUUACAAUCCGAGGACCUGACGCCAGAGGAGCGCGUCGUCAAGGUGCAGUCCUUCAAGCGUGUGCUCGGCGAGCGCAUGAAACAGCUGGAUCUACUGGCCGCUGAUGCAUCGGAGCUGGCACCCAAAGAGGGCAACGUUGCCGAAGCGAAACGACUCAAGGGUGAGAUCUCCAAGCUGCAGGAGGUGCUCAGUGCCAUCAAUCGCAAUGUGGACCAUCAGGCACAGACCGUGCAGGAGGAUCUGAUCAACUGGCAGCAAUUCCAGGCCGGAUUGCAACAGAUCAAGCCCGCUGUGGAGCAAAGCGAAGUCAAGGUAAAUAAUAUAGUUCCUAAGCCUAUCACACUUGACGAAGCCGUUGCCUUGCAACAAAAUGCCAAACAAUUUGAAACACAAUGCCUGGAGCAAUUGGACAAACUCCAUGGCAUAUCAAACAUCAGUCAUAAAAUGUUAUGCAAAACCAAUGCCCCCGAUGAGUUAGAUGCCAUGCACUCCCGCUGGACAGCGGUCCAUGAAAACGCGAAACAGGCGAGCGCCAAGCUCGAAAAGCUCGUCGCCAAUUGGAAGUCAUUCGAUGGCGAUGCCACCAAAUUGGAGGAUUGGAUUGAUCAGGGUGCACAGCAGAUGGGUAAGCGUCCGGCUGUGCUAAAUACUCCGCACAUUGACAAGCUCGAAAAGGAGCUGGUCAAGCUAAAGUCCUUCAACAAUGAGAUAUCUCAGCAGCAGGCCAAGUUGGUCGCUCUUGGCCAAAAUGCCGAUCAAAUCAGUUUGCAUCUGGCGCCAGAGGGCGCUGUAGCUGUCAAGGAUCGCGUCAAUAAUAUGAAGGGCAAAUUGCAGAAGCUGUCAGAGGCCACACGCGGCAACAUCAAUGAGGUCUCCGAUGCGAUUAUUUCGCGUCAAGACUUCAAUGCCAAAUUGGUCAACUUCUCCAACUGGAUGGAGCAGUUGCGCAAUCAGGUUACACAGGUCGAGGAAAUCAAUCCGGAGCGCGUCGAGACCAGUUUGCAUGUCAUCCAUGCACUGCUGCAGGAGCAUGCCGACAAGAAGCCCAGUUUCAAUGCCAUCUACGAUGAGGUCAAGCAGCUGGCACUGGGCGCUACUCCAGAAGAAUCCAACGCACUGAAUGAUGCGUAUACCGCCCUUGUGGUGAACUACCAGAACUUGGAGUCGAACAUGCUGCAAAAGAAGGCCGCACUGGAGAAGUGGACCGAGCUUUUGGGCUGGAAACAUGAUACUGAAUCGCACUUGAACUACUUGAAGCAUCAGUUGGAGAAGCCCGAAGGACCCUCUGUCGAGGAGCUAAAGAAGGCCAUCGAUGAAAUCGAUAAUCUGGGUCAGGGUCUGAGCUACUGGAAGGGACAAGCCAAGGAGAUCGAUGAGAAUCCAGCCAUACAGCUACGCGAUGCACUCUCUCGUCGACCACUGAUCGCCACACAGAUCGUUAAUGAUUUGGAAAACAAGUUGGAGAAUCUGAAACUCCGUUCGCAGAAUCAACAGCAACAACUGCAGCAGAUGACUGUGCGCAAAGACAAGUUCCAUGCACUGGAGCACAACUUUGGUCAGGCACUGCAGGAGAACCGUGAAAAGCUCGACCAAAUUCUCAAGCAACAUCCCAAUUUGAAUAACAUUGAUCAAAUCAUUGCCGAUCUUGUGGCGCUGAAUGAUGCGCUCAAGUAUCAGGCAGACCUGAAGGAUCGUAUUCACGACGAGGGUUCUCUACUGAUGCGUGAGGAUAUUGCCAGCAUGCCGGCCAUUCAGGAGAGUCUCCUGGUGCUGGAUAAGAACUACGAUUCGCUGCAAAAUGAAAUAGCUGAUCGCAUACAAAAAUAUAAUCUCAUCAGCCAGGCCUUGCGCGAGUACGCCGAGUCCAAGGACAAGUUCUCCAAGGAACUCAAGAAAGCCGAAGACUUGUUCAAUGCCAUACCCCAACAGCCAGGCGAUGAAACCGCUCUGCAUCAGGCGUCUGAGAAGACGCGUAAGACUAUGGAGCAGCUGCGCAAAUCCAAGAUGAAUCUCGAUGAACUCGAACGCCGCGGCAACAACGUGGCUAAAUUGUUUACAGCCAUUGGUGAGCCGGUGCCCCAAGAGGUGCAGCAAGAGGUUGCCGCUGCCAAGCAGCAGUGGCAGGACCUGCACGACAAGACGGCCAAGAAUGCGCAUGUCUACGAGACGGAAGCCGUCAUUUGGUCUCAAAUUGAGGAUGCCAAAAAGGAUCUGCUACCUUGGCUCUCGGAAACCAAUCAGGGACUAUGCGAUGCUGCCGAUAAUUCAAUCGAAAUCGAAUUCGGACCUAUGCGUCUAAGCAAAUAUCGCACCGAGCUGCCGUCCUAUCAAGCCCUUAAGGAUACAAUCCUUGAGAAAACCAACGAUUUGAUCAAGAUCAACAAUGGACAAGAGAUACCCGCCCUGAGUGCACUCAAUCAGCUGCUGGGCGAGCAAUUCGCCGAGGUGAGCAACAAUGCCGAGCGGUUGAGCGCCGUCACCACAUCGUUUGCCGAUCAGGAACAGGAGCUACGCCGACGCAGCAAGGUGGCCGGCGAGCAGGUGAGCAAGCUGCGCGAACAGCUGAUCAAAUGCGACGAUAUGUCUGGCGAUAACAACAAGAUCAUGGAACGAUUGCUGCAGUGCCGCGCACUGCGCGCUCAACUGGAUCAGAGUGGCAACGAAAUCGAAAACAUCAAACAAAAUGUGGAUGAACUGCGCAAUCUAUAUCCCACAUUCAAUGAGUCCAUCAUACCCAAGGAGCUGAACAAUGUGCAGAAACGCUACGAGGGCGUCGAUCUCUAUGCCAAGAAGAUUGAGAGCUCGUUGCUGCAGUUCCUCAAGAAGUUCCACGCGGACAAGGUGGGCAUGCUGAAGCGUCUGAUUGCCACGCAGCGCGAAAAGGUCGCAUGGUGUCAGCCAGAGUCGACAAGUGACAAAUACAACCUGGAUGUCAAGAAGUCCUCGUUGCAGGAGGUCAGCAAGAGCAUUGACGACUGCAAGGCACGCCAUGCUGAAACCCUGAGAUCCCUUGAGAUGCUGAAGGCCGUGGAAACUCCAGAAAACCUGGCCGAGUUGAGCGCCGAUGCUGAGCUCAUGGGCAAGGAAAUGCAAGCGUUGCAGGAUAGCUUUGAUCGCAUCAAGGACAUCCUGAAUGAGAACGUUGAUCUCUGGACACAGUAUGAACAAUCAAACGAGCAAAUCUCCAACUGGCUGCGUGAUGUGGAAGGUCGCGUUAAGGCGGAGACCAGCAGUCAGGUGAAUCUGCCCGAGGUGCCGCAGAAGUUGCAGGAGCUGGCCAUCCUACAGCAGGAUGUGCUCGCCCAUGAGCCAAUCAUCAACAAUUUGGAGCGCACGUCACAGCAGCUGAUCGAAAAGAAUCCAGAGGCGCGUAUUGGACAGUUCGUUACGCAUUUGGUGCAGCGCUACCAAACCGUGGCCAAGAGCCUUGCCGGACACAUUGACAAAAUACGCAAUGCUCAGCUGUCGAAUGCCAACUUUGCCAAGGCAUCGAAAGAUUUUAACGAAUGGUUUGGCGAUGCCAAGAUUGAGUUCCAGGAACUGGCGCGCAUGGGAUCUCCGGGCUCUUCGUCAGCUACGGCCCAACAAUUGCAGACCAUCAAGAACUAUCUGAAGACCUUCGACAAUGGUCAACUGUUGCUAAACAAUGCUGUCGAUAUUGGCGAGGGUCUUUAUCCAGUCGUCUCGCCUGAGAAUCGGGAACGCAUUCGAGCGGAUCUACGUCAAAUGCGUGAGAAAUACGAUUAUUUGCGCGACGAGGCCAAUGCAUUGAUGCAACAGGUUGAGGGCGUACUCAUACAAAAGACAUCCAUUGAAGAGAGUUAUACUCAGGUGUCGCACUACCUGAACGAGUCCAAGGCUAAGGUGACGGCAGCCGAUGAACUCUAUCCCACACUGGCAGCCAAGAAAGCAGCUCUUCAGAACUAUAAAACGCAAUUGCAGGAAAUCACAUUGCACAAGAAUGCGCUGAAGCAGCUGCACGAUAAGGCGGUAACACUAUGCGAUGAUGAGUCAGAGCGUAAAACGGAUGAAUCCAUUCAGGAAUAUAAUACGCUAUCAAAGCAGAUUUCGGAUCGCAUUAAUACCGUCGCCAAUCAAGUGUCCCAGCACGAAGCCUAUGAUCAGGUGCUGGAGAAGGCGCAGGAUUGGCUCAACACCAUCAAAUCGGAGGCAAUCGAUAUUUUGAACGAAACCACAUUCGAGAAGGAGGGCGCCGAGGAGAAAUUGAUUGUCGUUGAGAAUUUGCUGCAGCAUAAGCCCGAGGGUGAUUCCAUUUUCGAGACAUGCCACAAUCUGUUGCAAACGGUGCUGAAGCAAACCCAUCCCAAUGGUCAUCCGGCGCUGCUAAAGGGCUUUGAGGAGCCGAAAAAUGCAUGGGAAGAAUUCAUGUCGCUCUGCCAGGACUCGCAAGUGAAGCUCAAGCAGCUCUGCUCCAAGUGGGAUGAGUUUGACUCCAUUAUCGAAGAGCUCGACAAUUGGAUGAAGAAUGUUGAGGCUGUGGUAAAGAAUCAAAGUCUGAAGAGCACAGCCGAAGCUAAGAAUGCUCAUUUGAAGCAACUGCAAGAGAGUGCCAAGGAUAUUGAACGUCGCGGCGUAGCCAUAAAUAAGCUAAUGGACCAGGGACGAGAAAUUGAAGGAGAAACCGAUUUGAAUUUGAAACUUUCUCGCCUAAACACACGCUAUCAGACACUGAAGAACCUGUGCAAGGAAUCAAUUGCCAAGUACGUCAACUACGUCAAGGAUCACGACAGCUUUGACGCGGACUAUGAUAAAUUUAAGCAGGACUUGCAAAACUGCGCCAACGAGCUGGCCAAGACAAAUGAAAUCGUUGGCGAUCAGAGCGUAUUGCAGGAUCAGCAAAACAAAUUACGUGAGAUGUCUGACAAGCGCAUUGUUGACUCCACUGUCUUUGAGAGUCUGAUUGAUCGCGGCGAGAAGCUCUAUGGCCACACGAGUCCUGAGGGUCGUGAGAUCAUACGUCAACAGCUGCGCUCCCUGCGCACCUUGUGGGACAACUACACGGAUGAUCUGAACUCAGCUACGCAUAAGAUUGAUCAAUGUCUGCUGCAAUUCAAUGAGUUCACCAUAGCUCAAGAUCAGCUAACCAAGUGGCUCAAGGACGUCGACAAGGCCAUGCAGAGUCAUACGGAACCGAAGACAACGCUCCAGGAGAAACGCGCUCAGCUGCAGAAUCACAAGCUGUUGCAUCAAGAGAUCACCACGCACAAUGUGCUCGUUGAUAAUGUAUGCGACAAGGCGCAAAUCUUGGUGGACCAAAUAAAGGACAACUCCCUGAACGUUUAUCUGCAGUCGAUCAAGCAGCUGUUCCAGAAUAUUGUGCAAAAGUCCGAUGAAAUACUGCAGAAUCUGGAGAACUGCGUGCAGAAGCACAGCGAAUUAAAUAAUGCGUUGAGUUCUGCUAAGACUUGGAUCUCGAAUGAGAAGGCCAAACUGCUGGAGUGCGAUGAUUCCUACGGCGAAAAGGCAGAUAUAAAGCGUAAAAUUGAAACCCUUGGCCAAUUGGCGCAAAAUAAACCCCAGGCAAUUAAACUAAUAAGCGAAAUUCGUGCGCAAUUUGAGACUGUGAAGCCCGCCACCUCCGAGAAGGGCAUUGAGGUGCUUGAGAAGGAAAUCGAUGAGCUGGAAACAACAAUGAAGAGUCACUUUGAUGACAUCGAGGGCAUCGAGGGCAAGCAAAAGGAUGUACUCUCACAGUGGGAUACAUUUGAGCAGAAUCUGGAAGAGCUCACCAAAUGGUGUCGCAACGCUGAGGCCGUGUUCCGUGAGCAGCAGCUGAAGUCAACGUUGCAUGAGAAGGUCGAGCAAAUGGAUAAAUACAAAAUACAGCGAGAGCUCAUACUGCAAAAGGAGAAGGAAAUCGAUGCCUUUGGCGAUACGGCACAUGCCUUGCUCAACAACUGCGGUGCAGAUCGGCUGAAGACGUUGACAACGCAAAUCACAAAUCGUUAUCAACUGCUGCAGGUGUUGAGCAAAGAGGUGGUCAAUCGCUGGUCCAAUCUGGUGGACGAUCAUCAGUUCUAUCAGGACAAAUAUAACGAGGUGGACUUGUGGCUGCAGCCGAUUGAGACGCAGCUGGAAAAGGCACUCAAGGAUGAGCCCACACAAAGCUCCAAUAUACUGCAGGUUUUACUCUCGGAACGGGAGCAGGCCGAGAUCUUGUUUAGUGCAUUGAACGCUGCCGGAGAGAAGGCUUUGCCCGAGACAUCUACACAGGGCAGAGAGAAGAUUCGCAAGGAUUUGCGUGACAUACGCGAUCGUUGGGAUAAACUGGACGAAGGCAUUCGUAAUUUGGAGAAACGUCAAGAGGCACAAUCCGUACAGCUAUCCAGCUACCAAGAUAUACUGACCCAAACAGUCAACUGGUUGGAUCAGGUUGAAAAGUUGCUGCACAAUGAGAACCCAGCCAGCUGGACCAGCGCACAGGAAAUCCGCUCCAAGCUGUAUAAAUACAAGGCGACCAACCAGGACAUCAACUCGCACAAGCGCAUUGUCGAGGCUGUCAAUGAGAAGGCAGCAGCUCUACUGAGUAGCGCCGCCCCAGCCAAUGCUGAUGAGAUCGCCAAAUCUGUGGCUGAUAUCAACAAGCGCUAUGAACAGGUUGGCCAGGAUUGUGCUAAGCUGGUUGCAGAUCUCGAUGCCGCAUUCGAGGUAUAUCAGCAGUUCAGUGAGCUGCAGAAAGCACAGCAGGAUUAUCAAAAGAACCUAUGGGAUCGCCUGACCGGCUACUCUGACUACUCGGGCAACAAGGCUGCUCUGCAGGCGCGUCUCCAAAAGAUCAAUGAAAUCCAGGAUGCUCUACCAGAGGGUGUUGCCAAGCUGAAAGCCCUUGAGGAGCACAUCGAGCAGCAUGCGAGCAGCAUUCCAGCUCGCUCUAAGGAAGCCAUGACACGUGACUUGGCCAAUUUGCAUGCUGAUUUCGAAAAGUUCGGCGGAUCGCUGAGCGAUGUGAAGAGCGGUCUGGAGAAUCGUUUGCAGCAAUGGAACGACUAUGAGAUCGAUUUGGAUCGCUUGAUCAACUGGCUGGGCGAAGCUGAGAAUACGCUCAAGAACUACAACCUAAAGAACUCGUUUGAGGAAAAGGAAGAUCAGUUGAAUCGCUUCCAGUCCAUGACUCAGACUCUGCGCCAGAACGAAGCUGACUUUGAGAAAAUGAAGGAUGACACCUCAGAGUUGGUGCAAAGUUCGGGCGAAACGAGAAUCGCUGUUAAUGUGCAACAGGUUUCAUCGCGUUUCCAGUCCAUCCAAGCAACUGCAAAGGAAAUACUCAAGAAAUGCGAACAAGCUGUUCAGGAUCAUUCUCAUUUCAACGAGAAGUACAAGCAAUGCGCUGACCUGUUGGCCAAUGCACAGGCGCGCUACGAUGACUGCAGCGAUUUGUCUACGGUGGCAUCACGCGAUGAUCUGCUCAAGAAACAGCUAAUCAUCCAGGAGCUGCUGGCACAGCAGCCCACAGCAACACAGCUGCUGAAUAGCACCGUCGAGCUGGGUGAGAAGUGCUACAGCUCCACAGCCACCGAAGGACGUGAGGCCAUACGCAGUCAACUGAAUGAUCUUACCUUUGAUCAGCUGUUCGAUAAUAUUGCUAGUACAGCUCGCAAGAUACAGGAUAAGAUUGCCAAGUGGUCAGGCUUUGAUGAGACCGCUGACAGUCUGAAGAGCUGGCUCGACAAUGUGGAGCGUGAACUGCCCGCUGAAAUUGAGCUGAAGACCACGCUGGACGAGAAACGCAACAAGCUGCAGGCCUAUCGUGAUGUGCUGAAUGAUAUCUCCAAUCACCAAGUGGAAGUUGGCAAUCUCCAGGAGAUUGCAGCGAAUUUGCCCGAGAAAACUGAACAUGUGGAUCAGAUCCUAAAGGAUAUCACAGAUCGUUUUGGCAAACUGCAAAAGCGCGCCCAAGGCUAUGUGGAACGGUAUGAGGGCAUUGUGAGUGCUCAUCAGCAAUACUCCAAGGCUGUCAUGGAUGCACAGGAGUUCAUCGAUGCCACUUUGAAUACUGUGCACUACUGGGGCGAUCUGGAUUUGGAGCAAACCUCUUUGCAUACCAAUCUAGAUCGGCUGAAAAACCUGAAGGCCAGUCUGGCCGACGAGUUCCCACGCGUGGAUCAAGUCCGUGCGCUGGGCGAGAAGGUGAUCCCCGGCACCGUUGAUGUGGGUCAAGUGAAUAUCAAAUCCCAGAUCGACACAACACAACAGGAAUGGGAAGGUCUGCUGGCAGCCAUCGGCUCAACUAUCGAAGCAAUUGAUGCACGCCUGCAACAGUGGUCGGAGUAUGAGCAGCUGCGUGAUCAGUGCUUGGCCUGGAUUCGGGACACCGACAACGAGUUGCAUGCCAUCGAUCUCAAAGAGGAUCUGCCCAAGAAGCGCGCCCAGUUGGAUACACUGAAGGCACUGCAAGGUGAUGUGCGCGCCAAGGAAUUGGAAGUGGACAAUGUUACGGAGAAGGCGCAGACCUUGCUGAAGGGACCCAGCACAACUCGUUCGUCUGGCCCCGAAUUGGUUACCAAAUAUCAGCAAAUCUUCCACAAAGUCAAGGACCUGAAUAAUCGCUGGCAGCAAUAUGUCAGCUCUCACGAGGACUUUGAUAACUCCAUCAGCGAGUGCGCAUCGUGGAUAAAUGGCAUUAAGGAGAAGUUGGACUACUGUUCGGACAUGUCGUCGAUGAGUCAAAAGGAACUCGACAAGAAACUGGCCACCAUCCAAGAUGUGAUUCUGCUCAAGGACGAGGGAUCUGCACGAGUGCUGAAAAUCUUGGAGCAGGCUCAGCACGUGCUAGCAAAUACCGCACCCAAUGGCCACGAGGCCAUUAACAAGGAGCUCUCAGAGUUGCAGGAUCUCUGGUCUGGCAUUGCUCUGCGUAUUAUGGACGUCAAGGCUAAUCUUGAUGAUUCUAUCACGCAAUGGUCUGGUUUCCUGGAUCAGGUACAAAACGUGCGCAAGUUCAACGAAUGGCUGGAUGCAUUGCUCAAGGAAUUGGGUGAGCAUCAGACAACCAUGACUGAGAAACGCGCCCAGCUGGAUCGUGUCAAGUCCACGGAGGAGAAGGUUCGCGUGGAGAAAAUCGAUGUGGAUGCUCUGAAGAUUCAGGCUAAGGAAAUGAUUGCCAGCGGCCAACAGAGCCAGGCUGCAUUCCAGGCACAAAAAGUGCUGGACACGUUCGAUGAGCUGUUUGCCAAGACACAGAAAUUGUUGUCGGAUCGCCAGGAUCAGUACAGAGAUCAUCGUCUAUUCAAGGAAGCGUACGACGACCUUGUUAGCUGGAUAAGUCGAGCGCGCGAGAAAUUCCCAGCACUCAAACAGAGCAGCCUCAGCGACAAGCUGGCCAUUGAGAAUGCCGUGCAGGCCACCGAAGCGUUGCUCAAUAAGCAGGCGCAGGGCGAACUUCUGGUUGAGCAUUUGGUGCACACUGGUGAGGUGGUUCUGGCAAGUACAUCGACGCAGGGCCAAGAGAUCAUACGCAAUGAUAUACGCGCACUACGUGAUAGCUUCGAAAGUUUGUUCCGCGAGAUCAAUCAGCAGAAGGAGAACUUGGAAGUUACCAUGGUGCAAUGGCGCGCAUAUAAAGAGGAGUAUGAGCGUCUCAUGGAAUGGCUACAACAGAUCGAUAUACUUGUCAAGAACCAUAAGCUUAACCUCUGCCCCAAUCUGCCCGACAAGGAGAAGCAGGUGGCCGAUAUGCGUGAGGUGAUGUCUCGCCUGGAAAAGGGCAAGGAUGACAUUGAUAAGUUCAAUGCCUCCGCUGCGGGUCUGCUCAAAUCCCAUCUGGAUAGCUAUGUGAACAAUCAGCUGAGACACUUGGGCUCCAUGUAUCAGGUACAGGUUAAUUUGGCCAAGGAUGUGCUCAAGAAGGUCGAAACCAAUCGCGAUCAGCAUCACGAAUACGAUGCGAAUAUGAAGUCGGCCAGGGAUUGGAUAGCGAAUGCCAAGCAAACUAUUCAAUCUGCUGGCGACGGAGCUGGCUCGAAGGAGGCGCUUCAACGUCGCCUCGAGCAGAUUCAGGACCUGAUACGCAAUCGUGAAUAUGGCCAAAAUCUUGUGCACACAGCCAUCAAUAAUGGCGAGAAGAUUAUUCGUAAUACGCGCUCCGAUGGACGCGAUGCCAUUAACAGCGAAAUGAAGGAGCUGCAAACCGAUUGGGAUCGCCUGGUCAAGAAAAUGUCCACAGCCAAGGUGCAGCUAGAGACGAAUCUGCUGCAAUGGGCCGACUACAGCUCCAGCUAUACGCAGCUGCAGCAAUGGAUCACCGACCGAGAGGCCAAGCUGCAACAGGCGUGCGAGCAAAAGAUUAUCAAGUCGCAGCGUGGACAGCCAGGUCUGAGCAGUGGGCUGAGCGAACGCAAGGCCAAUCUGCGCCAGACCAACAACAUUGUCCAGGAUAUUGUCUCGUUUGAGCCCAUGAUACAGUCGGUGACCUCGAAGGCCUCUGACUUGCAACAGGGCGCACCGGCUACAGAGAUCUCCGAUAAGUACGAGAAUCUGACCAAGCAGGCCAAGGAUCUGUAUGCCAAGCAGAAGAACACCAUCGAUAGCUACCAGGCGUUGAUCGAUGCGGGCAACGAGUUCGCCACCUGGUUACGCAAUGCCAAGGAAAGACUGAGCAAGUGCUCCGAGCCAACGGGCGAUAAGCAAGCCUUGGCCGAGAAGACGCAUCAGCUCAAGAUUCUGCAGGGUGAAGUGCCCGAGGGCUCCACAAAGCUACAAAAUGCUUUGGCUCAGGGUGAGAUUGCUUGCCGCACAGCAGAGCCCGAGGAUUGCGCAAUCAUUGAACAGGAAGUCGCACUUCUACAGGAGGAGUUUGAUGCCUAUGUGGAGGCACUGAACAAGGCCAAGGACUACCUGGAAGUGGGCAUUGUCAAGUGGUCGGACUACCAAGAUCAGUAUACCGAGGCGCUCGAAUGGCUGACCAAGACGGAAGCCCUCGUACAGUCCUACAACAAGCUGCAGGACAGCCUGACCCAAAAGAAGGUGGUGCUCGAGCAAUUCCAGGGACAUCUACAAACUCUGUUCGACUGGCAGAAGACACUCGAUCACCUGAACAUGAAGGCUCAGGUUCUGCUGGAGACCUGCUCCGACACUCGCAUCAGCAAUGCCAUCAUGCAGCUGACCACCAAAUACAACGCUUUGCUGACGCUGGCCAAGGAGGUUAUGCGACGCUUGGAGCUGCACUACCAGGAGCAUCAACAACACCAUUCGCUCUACGAGGAAUGCCAGUCCUGGAUUGAGAAUACUCGCGAGAAGCUAGCCGAAUGCGAGCAAAUACCCGGCACACUGAACGAGGUGCAAAUCAAGUUGAAUACGGUCAAGAAUUUGCGGCAAGGCUUCGAAACGGGCCAGAACAAGCUUCGCUAUCUGCUGGAGCUUAAGGAGAAGGUCAUUAUGAAUACCGAGCAGAAUGGCGCAGCUAAGAUUCAAGAGGAUACCGAAUCCCUCAAGCAGGACUUUGACAAGCUGCUUGUGGAUCUGAACGAAGUGCGCCAGAAGUUGGCCAAUCGCCUGUCUCAGCUGGAGGAGAUCUUCAAACUGUACAAGAUUCUGCUCGAGUGGCUGGAGGACAUUGAGCCCAGCGUCAAGGCCAGCGAGGAGUAUUUGAAUGACCUGAGCGAAAAGCGAGCAGCGCUGGAGAAAUUCCGCGUCACACAGCGCGACAUCAAUGGACACAACGACAUUGUGGAGAAGAUCAAUGUACGGCUGCGCGAGGACAAUAGCUUGGACAAGAAUGACUUCGCGCCUGGUCUGAACAAAUUUGAUGAGCUGCAAGCGCAGGUUAACAAGAUCAUCGAAUCGCUCGAGAACCAAGUGAACAAUCACGAGAAGUACAAGCAGGCCUACAAUGAGCUGCAGGACUGGCUCCGCCGCACGCGCAUCGAGGUGGAGCAGUGCGCCGAUUGUCAUGGCGAAAAGGAUCAGGUGGAGGAGCGACUGAAUCGCCUGGGCGAUAUACAGGCAGCCUCCAUGGAGGGCAGGUCCCUGCUCGAUGCCUGCGAGGAGCUCAGCCAGGCGGUAAUCGCCACCAGUGGCAGCGAGGGUCAGGAUAAUGUGGCCCAAGAGAUCAAGCAUCUGAAUGGAGAAUGGGAAACGCUGCAGGCUCUAUCGCGAGAUGCGCGCAGCGGCUUGGAGACCUGUCUGGCCGCCUGGGAGACAUUCCUGCAAAAGUUCAACAAAAUCAAUUUGUGGAUUGUCACAAUGAGCAAGCGCGUUGCCAAAUCGCAGGAAGCUGAUAAUAAAACCACCGAAGAUUUGGUCAAUGCCAAGAAACUGCUUGACGAAGUGCUGGCUGAACGUGAGAAUGUCGAGGAUCUGAACGACAACUGCGAGCUGCUGAUGGAGCAAAGCGCCUGCACUCGCAUUCGUGAUCAAACCAUCGAGACUCAGGCCAAUUAUACGAAAUUGUUGACAUCCGCCCAGGGCCUGGUGGCCAAGAUCGAAAAGAAUCUGUCCGAUCAUACCGAGUUCCUCAACUACAAAAAGGAAAUGGACGCCUGGAUCGAGAAGGCACAGCAAGUGCUCAACGAUUGCAGCAUCGAUGGCGAUGCCUCAAUCAUUGCACAAAAAUUGGAGACAGUCAAUUCGCUGGCCUCCCAUUUGCCAGAGGGCCAGCACUUGCUGGUCAUGGUGCAGGAUGCCUACUCGAAGGCCUCGAAUAUAACACCCGAGGACAAGCAGGAGAAGUUGCGUGAGCUGAUGACCAAGGUGAGAGAAGACUGGGAUGCCUUGGGCCUGGCUGUCAAACAGAAGCUCAGCGACUUGAAGCAAGCCCAAAAUCGUUGGAAUGACUUUGCAGCCAAUAAGGAGAAGCUCGAUAAGUGGCUAAUCGAAGCCGAGAAUAAGCUGAAGGUAGCGCCUCAGACAAAGAGCGAGCUGAGCGAGAUGAAAACGUUGCUCGAGCGCUACAAGACGCUCGGCAACGAGCUCAAGCAGAAGGGCAACGACCUGGAGCAGCUGAUGUCGGAGGCACGUGACCUGGGCACCGAGGUGGAUGCCGUCAAUCGUUUGCAGUCGCGCUGCGAUAAGCUGAAGAACGAUUGUGCUGGCUACAUUCGCGAUCUGGAGCAGGAGAUGCUCGAGUAUAAUGACUAUUACCACACUAUGCAGGACGUGGAGAAAUGGCUGCUGCAGAUCUCCUUCCAGCUGAUGGCGCACAAUUCGCUCUUCAUUUCGAAUCGCGAACAAACUCAGGAGCAAAUCAAACAGCACGAGGCACUGCUGGCCGAGAUUCAAAGGUAUCAGACGAACGUGGAUGAUCUGAAUGCCAAGGGUCAGGCGCAGAUUAAACGCUAUGAGCCAACGACGUCGACGGUACGUCCGACUAUCGAAUCGCAGAUGAGGAACAUACAUGAGAGCUACAACUCGCUGCUGCAGACGUCGGUGCAGAUCAAGAAUCGUCUGUUCGAAUCGCUGGCCAAGUUCCAGGAGUACGAGGAUACCCUGGACAGUAUCAUGCGCAAUCUGGAGGCCUAUGAGCCCAUCAUACAAACCGAACUGGAUGCCCCGGCCACUAGCCUGGAGCUGGCACAGAAUCAACUCAAGUGCGCUCAGGAUAUGCAAAAUAAACUGAACAACGAGAAAUCCAGGCUGGCAGCGGCCGUGCAGGCCUGUGAAGCAGCCACAGCAUCCAUCAGCCGGCCCAGCUCGCCCCUAGAGACGGCCAUGCAUGCCAUACCCGAACGCGAACUAAUGGUGCGCGCCAAGCUGGAAGAUCUGCUGGAUCAGAAACCGCCGUCAAAGACUCAGAGCUCAACCGAGGAUGACAACGAUCUCGACGUUGAGCUCAGCGAUGUGAAUGAGGCGCUGUCGGAUCCGAUUGCUUACAAGCGUAUUCAAAAUUAUCGUCGCAUAAUACAGAUGAAUAGCGCACACGUGAGCAAGCUGAAUGCACUCGCCGCUAAGGUGCAAUCCCACUUGAGUGGUCUGACUGCAUCCGUUAGCGAACUGGAGCAACAGCAGAAGCAGCGCGCCGAGCUGCAGGAUUGGGUUAAGAAGCAACAGAGCUCCGUCUCCGAUUGGCUAAUGCGUCCGUGCAAGCUGCGUCCGGAGGCUGCACAACAGGAGCUCGUUACCAUGAAUGAUCUAUUGAACUCUAUUGGGGACAAGCGGUCCCAGCUGAUGCUCGAAAUGACAGGAUCAUUGGGCGAUGAGGACACCGAUCUGGAUGAUAACAUUGACAAGCUGGAAUCGGAACUGAUGGAUGCCAUAGCCAAGAAGCAGGCGGGCCAAAAUGUCAUCGAUGGCUAUCGCCAGGGCAUGCAGGAUGUGCAGAAUUGGUUCGAUACGCUGAUCAAGCGCAUGGAUGUGCUGGAUCGCGGCUCUGGUCUGAACUGUGCCCAGAAAAUGGCCGCCAUCAAUGAGAUUAAGAACGAAUACGAGCUGCAGGGACAUCCGAAGAUACAAGAGCUGAAGGGCAAGGCCGCCCAGGUGGCUGAGGUCAUUAGCAAUCUGGAUGGUCAGCAGGUGGAGGAGCAAAUGAAGUCGUUGGAUCGUCGUUUUGCCGAUCUGGGCAAGCGCAUCGAUCGUAAGGCCCAGCUGCUGGAUGUGACCAACAAGGGCGUUGAUGGCGCCAAGGGUGAAAUCGAUCAGCUGCAGCAAUGGGUGAAGCAGCAAAUCGAAGAGCUGCAGGCGCCAGCUGCUCUGGGCUUCUCGCCCAAGGACGCGGAGGCGCGCCAGCAGAAGAUCAAGAGCUUGAUGAAGGAUGCCGAGGCCAAGCAAUCGCUGGCCGAUGUGCUCGAGAAGCGCAUUGCCAACAUGCAGCCCGAGCUGGAGUCGGCGGAAUAUGCCCAGCUGGAGUCCGCGUUGCGUAAUCUGAAUAGCGAAAAUCGCAAUUUGGCUGGCGUUCUGAAGGCCGAGUUGGAUCGUGCGCUGGAGGCGAGCAAAGCGCGUAAGGCGCUCGAGAACGAUCUGGAUAAGGCGCGUCAAUGGCUGAAGGCCAAAAUCUCAGAGGUUCGCAAGCUGCCCGUCUAUCAUCCGCUGACCUCCGCUGAGAUCGAGAAGAAGAUCCAGGAGAACAAGAAGUACGACGAUGAUGCCAAGCAAUUCAAUGACAGCGUUCUCACUGACGUCCAGCGUCAAGCUGCCAACAUUAUGAAGGAUUGCGGGGAUGCGGACAAGGCAGCGCUACAGCAAAUCCUGGAUGAAAUUGCCGCUGACUAUCAGACGCUGAAGGAUGAGAGCGGCAAGCGCGGCAAGUCCCUGGACGAUCUGUUGCAGGGACGCAAAGCCUUUGAGGACUCGAUGAAGAAGAUGGGCGACUGGUUGAAUGAAAUGGAGACCGCAACCGAAAGUGAACUGCGCACCACCAGUCUGCCAGUGCUCGAGGAGCAGUUGGCCCACUACAAGAAACUCCUGCAGAAUGCCGAGAACAUGGGCGGCGUGAUCAACGAUGUGUCCGAGCAGGGCAAGAGCAUAUUGCCCACGCUGAGCAAUGCGGACAAGCUGAAGCUCAACGACGACAUCAAGAACAUGAAGGAUCGCUAUGGCCGCAUCAAGCAGACAAUCGAUGAUCGCGCCAAUACGCUGGGCGAUCACAUCAAGAAGUACAAGGAUGCCAAGAAUCGCUUGGCCGAUUGCAGCGAAUUCCUGAGCAGCAUACAGCAGCGCAUGAGGGAGCUGAAUCGGCCCAUUGGCUCCCGAAUUGAGGAUGUGCAGGAUCUGCUGGGUGCCUACGAGGGCAUACUGAAGGAGCUGAAGGACAGCAAGCACAAAAUGGGCGACAUGCAAAUGGACGAUCUGCCCGAGCUGCAGAGCAUCCUGGCGCAGCAGGACGAUAUGAUUAAGUUGAUUGAGGAUCAGUUGGCGCAUCUGCGUCAGCUGUUGAUGCUGCGUGAGCAAUUCAUUGCGCUAAUCAACGAGAUCAUUGCCUUCAUUAUGAAGUACACGGAUGUGAUCAUCGACAUCGAGAACUCACCGGACAGCCUCGAGGACAAGAUCAACAAAUACGACAAUGUCAUUGUCAAGAUACAGGAGUGCGAGGGUCUGUUGGCCUCAGCGAACGAUAAGGGUCAGAAGAUCGCCUCCGAGGGCAAUGCUGCCGACAAGAACAGCAUCACGGAGCAGCUGCAAUCCUUGAAGAAUCAAUUGCAGAAUCUGCGCAAGGCUGUCGAAUCGCAGCGCCAGAAGCAUCAGCUCCAGCUCGAGUCCCACAAAAAGAUGGCUGCCGAGCUGAGCGAAAUACUGGACUGGCUGCACAACAACGAAGGCGUGGCCAAGUCGCGACCCCUGCUCGAUCGUGAUCCCGAGUCGGUGGAACGUGAACUGCAGAAGCAUCAUACACUCAGCAAGGAAAUCGAAUCCCAAUUGCAGAAGUUCAACAAAAUCAACGACAGCGUCAAAACAGACGUGGGCAUGCCCAGCUCUCUGCUGGAAAUGCUCUCCGAGGGUCGCUCUCUGGUCGUCUCGCUGCCGCAUGAGCUGGAGGAGCGCGAAAAGUAUUUGAAGAACAAUCGUGACUCGCGUCUGGAGUAUAUGCAGCUGGUGGCCAAGUUCAACGAUUGGGUGCACGAGGCCGAGCUGCGUUUGCAGAACAGCCAGCAUGGCAUCGACUACGAGCACCUUGUGAACGAUCUGGAAGAGCACAAGAUCUUCUUUGGCAACGAGGCGCCCAUACGCAAUCUGGUGCACAAGCAGAUCCAGGAAGCAUCCGACAAGAUUUGGUCCUCACUCAACAACUAUGAGCAAUCCGAGCUGUCGGCCGAGCUCUCACAGUUCCAAACCAAACUGGCUAAUAUCUUGGCCAAUGCCAAGACCCAGCAAAGCGAGCUGGAGAGAGAGGCGGAACGCUGGCGUGAAUAUCAACAGUCCAUCGAUCGCGUCAAGGCCACCAUUGAGCGCACUAAAUUUAUCGAUGAGCCCGUCCAGAAUUUGGCCGGAUUGCACUUCAAUAUUCAGAAGCUGUCGCAUGCCAUUGGAAAUGUACAGAGCCAAAACAGUGACCUCUCGCUGGUGAAUCAGCAAGCGCAAUCUCUUAUACGCCAAGCGGACGCCCGCAAUCGCCAGUUGAUUGAGCAGGCGAACUCAGCGCUAAAUCGUGAUUGGCAGGACCUGGUGCAUAGCCUGGAGCAGAGAAGGGAUAAGCUGCAACAGUUGGCCGAGCACUGGGAUAGCUUCGAGAACGGUCUGCACGGCUGGGAGAAGGCAUUAGGUCGCUUGGAGGAUAAGUUCCGCAAUGUCGACCCAACUGUAAGGUCGCGACGUCAUUUGGAAGAUACAAAGAAUGCCAUUCAGGAACUGCGUGAAGAAUCAAAUGAACUUAAAUCAUCACAUAAAGAAAUCGAAACGCUCUCAAAAUCCAUCCUCACAUUCCUUGGGGAAGUACACAAACCCUCGGCGGAGGCCAUACAGGCCAAAGUGGAUAAGUUAGUUGAACAGCAAGCAAAAUUGAACGACACGCUACGCGAGAAGGACCAACAGGUUAGCAGGGAUCUCGAGGAGAUCGAGCAAGUGUUCCGCCGCAUCUCACAGCUGCAGGACAAAUUGAACGCACUACACGAACAGCUUCAGGCCGUACACGUCUACGACAAGCACAUUGCCCAAACGGAACAGGCCCUCAUCAAACUCAAUAGCCAGGUGCAGCAGGCCGGCGAGGAGAGUCGCGCGCUUGUCGCGCAAACCCAAGCGCUCUAUCAGACCAAACAGAAUCAAUUGCCCAGUGAUAUUGCCCAGGAGUUUACCGCACUUGAGCUGCUAGCAGAACGCGUGCAGGUUACUAUGGAAACCAAAGAGAAGGAUUUCAAGCGCGCCAAGACCGUGCGCACGGACUAUUUGGCCGGUGUCGAUGAGAUUCAGCGCUGGCUGCUGCAGGCCGAGGUGCAGGUGCAGGAGCGCACCCUGGAGCCGACACAAAUGAAGGAGCUGCUGCAGCGCAUCAACCACGAAAUCGGUGCCAUCUACGAACGCUUCACGCUGGUCAAGACCAACGGCCAGCUGAUCAUUGAGAAUUGUCGCAACAGCGAGGAGAAGACGCUGGUGCAGUCGACCAUUGAUCAGCUGGCCGCACAGCUGGCCCAAGUGCGCGGCUGGCUGGACGAGAAGAAGCAGGCUGUGGGCGAUAGUCUGGAUGCUUGGACACGUUUCAUGAAUCUGUACCAGAUUGUCAUGUCCUGGGUAGCGGACAAGCGUACGUUCAUCGAUCAGACCAUUGAGCUGCGCACGCUGCCCGAGGCGCGAUCCAAGCUGAACGACUAUGUGACGGCUGUGAAGAGUAUUAAACCGAUUGUAAAGCAUUUGAGCGAAAUGGAUAAGGAACUGGAGCACAUUGGUCAAGUGACGACCGUGGGCGAUCUCAAGGACAAACUGCAGCAGGCCGAGGAUGCGAAGAUAGCCGUGGAAGCAGUGCUGCUGGAGAGGAACUCGCUGCUGCAGGAGGCCUGCGAAGAGUGGGAUCAAUGUGAGCGCAAGAUCAAGGAUAUCCGUGCCUGGCACGAGAAGACCAAACAGACCUUAGACUCCUCGCCACAGCAAAAGAAGCCGCUGCGCGAUCAGCUGGGCUACUGUGAAAAGACUCUGGCCGACAUAAAUGUGCAAAAGACCAAACUGAGAUUGUCUAUUGAAAAGCUGGAGGUGCACUUCCGCAACGGCAUGGGCGGUGAUCCGCGCCUGAGCGAAAAUGUUGACGAUUUGGUGCGCGUGCUCGAUGGCCUCGGUGAACUGGUGAAGGCCAAGUCACAGAGUCUCGAGCAGACGCUGGCCCAAAUCGAUGUCUAUCAACAGCAAAUGCAAACGCUCCGCCAGCGUAUUAUACAGGAGGAGCAGCAGCUGCGUCUGGUUAUGGCGCCCACGUACUUGCCGCACGAUCGUGAGCGCGCAUUAGCCGAGCAACAGGCAAUGCGACAAUCAAUCGAAGGCAUGCAGCAAAGCUACGACGCAACCGCCGCCCAAUCCUAUGCUCUGGAUCCACAUUCAGUGGUAACCACUUCAUCGACUGUCUCGUUGCUUAUGAAGCCAACGGCAGUAGGUCUAACCUAUGCUGAAGUGUUAUCAGGACAUGCGAGUCCGGUAAGCAGUAAUGAAACGGCGACGAUCCCCCGACAAGAAAUUCAAGAAACUCCCGACACGACCACGACCCAGACAACAAUAACGACCAGCCAAAACCAGCAAGAACAACAACAACAACUACAACAACAGUCACAUUCACAAACAAACCUUAGCCAGCGGAAUACAAUCACAACAACGACAACAACAACAACCACACGAACUAAAUUUACCUCAAACGUACGUACGCAUGAGGAAGAGGAAACGAGCUCGGAACCGAUAACCACUGUGCUCUACCAGCGCAAACAGCGUGUUACACCACCCAGCAGCGGCAACAAUACUACCUCCGAUUAUGAAGAGACAACUAUCAGCAACUCGCAAGUGGAUACGUCUAGCAGCACAUCAACAGUAGAUCAACAAGUUCCUAGCAUUAGCACUAAUCCGAAUAGUCAGUUUAUCGAAAUGGAGCGCAGUCAGCAGCGUAUGAAUACGGGUAAGAAAUUGCAGCCGCCGCGUCCUGAACGUCGUGCACGUUCACCGCGGCGCAGACGCGAACCACAAAGCGCUGCUGUACAGGUGGAUAGCACACAAACGCAUCAGCAACAGCAACAUCCUCAACAACAACAGCAAUACCAACAUCUGUAUCUGCCUCAAGAGGAUCGCGCGCGUUCGCGUAGCCCCAUUUGGGUGCCGGGUUCGACAUCGUAUGCAGAAGUAUUGCGUGGUAUGGAACUAGAACGUCUAAAGGCCGAGGAGUUGGCUAGGCAAACGGCCCAGCCGCAUACCGAUCUGACCAUACAGGAUGUCGUAGACGCCAGUGGUGCAGCGGGAAAUAUUUUUGUGCCACAUAACAAACCAGAACAGCAUCAACAGCAAAUGGAGCAGUUCAUAGGUGAGCCCAGUUCAGACUUGGGCUACGCUCAGCCGCAGGUGGAGCAGAAGCAGAUAUCCAAUUAUGAAGUGCCCAUGACUGCGGAGGAAAUAGCCGCCACCUAUUUGCAACCAGAUCUACAGCUGUAUCAGACCAUGUAUGAGAACGUGGCCGACAGCGGUCAGUGGAGCUAUGUGGCUGGCUCAAGCGGCGAGCCACAGCAGCAGGCAGUGCCACAAAACUACUAUGAUCAAAUGAUGCAGAUGCAAUAUCCCAUACAAUACCAGCCUGUGGCAGGGCCGCCGACGACGCAGUACCAGCUGCUGACGGGCUAUUAUCAGCCCGUUGCGCAAGCCGAGAGCUAUCCAACGGUAUAUACGACGGAGCCCUCGCAAAUCUAUUACGCCCAACAGCCGCAGGUGUACACACAGGAGUAUGCCCAGCAACAGCAGCAGCAGCAGCAAACAGAAAUUAGUACGGAGGUACCCGUCUAUCAGCCGGACAUUGUGAAUCAAUCUUAUCUGCUUGAGCCUUACCGUACGGAAGUGAAUCAGGCAACAACAUCCACAACAGGUAAUAGCGUACGCGACGUACUGACAACUCUCGCAUCGAUGGUGCAACAGAUCGGCGAGCCGCUAACAACGAGCACACAGCUAAUUCAGUCGACGGUUGUCACGCCACAAGUCGCUCAGGAAGAGGUGCCAGCACCACAGCCGGUAUUCAUUGAGGAGCAUGUGCAGAUGCUGCGACCAGUCGAGCCGCAAGAGUUCGAAAUGGAUGAACCACGUCCCGACAUAACUUUUGGUCAGUUCGAUGUCGAUGCAAUUGAGACAAUACCAAUUGAGGUGCCUCAGCCUCAACCUCAACCACAACCCCAACCACAACAGAACAUAACCAAAACGACAUUUGUGGAGCAAACAAUUACCUCGCAACAGAUACAGCCAACUGUGAUAGCACAAAAUAAGGAUACUGAUAUUGUUGUCGUUCGUCCUCAAGUGCAGCAGCCCAGCAAGAAUGUAUAUCAGCAACAAGAUCCCAGUACUGGCAGCACCUAUGCCGAAGUGCUAUUUGGCCAACAGCAUAGAUCAGCGCAUCCAGUUUUCCAGCCAUCCAGUCAACAGCAACAAAUUCCAGUACGUGUUGCGGCACCCAUAUCGCAAAUUCGCAAUGCUGAGCACACUACAACAACGACAACAAUAACCACAAAGUACACAACGUCGAGCACUGCGACUUCAAAGGGCCACCAAGGCAGGUGGGCAGAGAAGUCCGAUGACAAUGCUGAAGGAAGGACGGCGAGGCCCAAACGGCAACGACAUGAGCAACAACCUGAGCCAUUGCCCAUUAAAGUCAGCAACAGGAAAGAGCCAAAAGCAAGCAAGAAGCACAAGUCUCCAGAGACAAAUGGCGCUUCGCACAGUCAUAUUGAGAGCGCGCCAAAGGUAGUUUUUGUCGAAGAGGUACCUAAGCCUGAACCGAAACCGAGAAAGUCUAAGAAGAGCAAACAUCCAGCAGAAGAGUCUUCGGAUAAAAAGAUUGUGGAGCCACCUCAGGAAGAAAAACAAACUGUAGAAUCGACAGUUAUCACUAAGAAAACUGCAAAACAGACAAGAGAUAGCAGCCGCGAGGACAAAAAGAAGCCAACGAUUGUUGUCGAAACAACAAAGGUUACAUCAAAAACAGUAGAGCCAAUCGUUAAGGUUACCAAGCAGGAAACAAUGGUCGUCGAACAACCAACAAUAGAAGCGGUCAUUGCUCCAUCAAGGAAAGAUAAAAAGAAGGCUAAAGCUGAAAAGGUAGAGGCUGUAACUGUUACGAAGAAACAAGUUGAGCCUAUUAAGGAGGCCAACAAACCAAUUGAGUCCACUGCAUCAUCUAAAUCGAGUGAGAAGAAAACAACUGUGGUGGAAACUUUGAUCUCUGCGGUGUCCACGAAACAAGCUGAGCCGAUUCAAGAAAUUGUAAAGGCAGCUGAAAAUAUUGUUGUAGUGGCUCCCACAAUUGUGCCAACAUCGCCUGUUUCUACUCCAAAUAAAAAGGAUAGGAAGAAAAAGACAACUGUUGUGGUAACUACAACUACUACAACUGCUGAAAAACAAGAUCCAAUCCCAACUAAAACUGAAACAUCAGAGAAAAUCGUUGAACCUAUUGCUGAAGUCAUUGAAUCUGUUAAAGCUGUACCUGCUGCUGAACCAAUUCCUGCUGUUGAAGCAGCUAUAAAAACGACAGAAUCAAUCGCUGUAGUGGAACCGACUAGCACAGUUUCUGCACCACCUAGAGUUCAGCAAAAGAAAUCGAAAACUGUGGAAACAACAACGGUAACAAAGAGCAUCGUGGAGCCUAUUGUGGAGGUCAUUAAGCAACCGGAAAUAGCACCAGUUGUGGAAAUUACAAAUAUCAAAGUUCAACCCGUAAUCGAAGCCACCGCAGAAAAGAUCAUUGAAAAAUUGAUUGACCCUGAACCGGAACCUGUUCAAGUGAAAAAGAAUGAAACGGAAACACCAAAAAGUGUUGAGCCAGUUGAGCCUACAACGGUAUCUAGUUUCGAUACGAACGAAACAUUACUGGAAAGCGAACCCGUGGUAACAACUUCGACGAACACGAUUUCCACAGAAAGUGGCACGACUACAAUUACCACCAGGACCAUAACAAAGCACAUUACCAAGCGCAUCGUGAAGCGUAUUAUAGAUGGUAGAGAGGAAAUUGUAGAAGAAGAUGUCAUUGAUGACCUGCCCGAAGAAAAUAUAUCUGUGGAGCAAUUCGAUUUGCCUUCAGUUGAAACGACAAACUCUGUACCCGGCAGUAUAAUCGUUCCUGGACUAAGCUCAACUCAGGAUACAACUGUUGUUCAAGGCGGUUCAAUUACAAAAACGACAAUAACUAAGACAAAGCGUAUACUCAAGCGCAUCACUGCCGAUGGCGAAGAAAUCGUCGAAGAAGUAUAUGAGGAUGAACCCGAGGUGGAGCGUGACAUAACAUUGUUACCGACUACAGUGAUAACUUCUAGGAAUGAUACAGCUCAGGAACAGCCCAUAGGAUCUCAAGAAGCCAUAAUCGAUGCAGCGCAACUUGCUGUCGACGAAAUUGUUGACAAGGUUGAGCAAGUAGUUGAGCCCGAGCCUCAAAAGCCACCGCGUAAAGACAAAAAGGAACAGGAUACUGUCAUCGUCGCAGAAACCAUCAAAAUUGCGGAAGUCGAACCUGAACAGAAACCACAAAAGCCAAGCAGAAAGGACAAGAAGAAGCAAAAGAAAUCUGAAAGCGAGGAAGUCAAACCAAAGGCAGAGACUCCCAUUUUACAAAACGUUGGCGAAAUAACCGAGCCACAAUCACAACUAGAAACCACAGAGCCCCUGAAUACAACAAGUGCAAUUACAACCGACGAGAAACAAAUUCAGUCAUCGGAUGGAUCUGCAAUCAGCGAUGAUGGCAGUCUAAUCAAAACCACAGUCAUUCGUACAACAAAGAUAGUGAAAAAGAUAAACCAACAAGAGAACCAGGAGAUGUCCACAUCAAUUCAUUCGGAUGCAACUUCAUUGGAUUCCUACGAAUUCGCCGAAGAAGCUGCUGAAGAGCCCAAAAUUGAGAAAUCUGAAAUGAGCAGCCGUGAGAUCAGCGACGAGGGUGUAGUUAAGACAACCAAAACGACAACUAUUCGUACUAUUAAAAGUGCUAAAGCUGAACCAGAAAAGGAACUUGUACCAGAAGCAAUAAGCGAAGAGGAAAGUUUACCUGAAGCUCAGUCAACAGGUGUAACUGAAGAUGGUUCGGUUUUGAAAAAAACAAUCGUGCGUACUACAAAAAUAAUAAAGAAAAUUACUCAGGACUCGGAUACUAUUAGCGAUCACAGCAGUACUUCAGAACCUGCUUUGGAAACAGUUGAAACCAUAAUUCAGGAUGCUCCAAUAGUUGCUGAAUCUGUAAUAACCGAAUCGAAUAGUGAGGGUAUUACCAAAACUAUAACCACGCGAACCACAAAGGCCGUUCUUGAGAGCACAGAUGAACCAGCAGUUGUCGAGCCGAAACAAAUUGAAGAGCUGCUAUUGCCAACGCCGCCAAGUACAGAGGUGCCGGAAAGUAGAAAUAUAAAAUCUACUACGCUGGAUUUCAUAGCCUCUGAAAAACAGUCAGCCGAGCCUGUACCCGAAAAGAAGACGCGCAAAUCAAAGAACCAGAAAAAGAAUAACGAAGUUGCGAAUAAGCCAGCGGCGGAUAUCCAGGUUGCUACUCAGGAACUUGUUGCUCCAGUUGAAGAAGAACCCAAACAAACUGCUGAUAUUACUCGUGAAACCGUUGCUGAGCCCUACGAUGCUAAUAUUAACAAUGAUGUGGUAAAAACAACAAUUACCAGAACUACAAAAAUUGUUAAGAAAGUUUCUCAAAACGUGGAUAAACAGAGUGCUAGCGAAAUUCAGGAGAGUCAAACGCCUGAAGAGCCAACUCCAGUUGCUGUUGAGCCAAUGAAUGAUGAGGCUGGUGGUGUAACAAAGACAACAACCGUGCGUACGACGAAAAUUGUAAAGAAAUUAAACGAAGAUGGAGAAACAACAACAGAGAGCAGCACAAUAAGCGAACCAAUCACUGUGCGAGAAGCCUCUCCAACAAUAUCGGAAUUACCAAGUGAAGCCUCAACCACAUCUAGUCAAAUUGAUGGGGCUAUUAUCAAGACAACGACAAUUCGUACAAUGCGUAUAACUAAGCGCAUAACAAAUGACGGACGCAUAGUUUUGACCGAGAGUGACACACCUAGCGAUGUUAUAGUUACAUCUAGUAUUGAAAUGCCCGAUCAUAGAUCCACUAGUCCCAUUGUAACGUCAAGGCUGGAAACAGCUCCAGUUGUCACAUCUAGCACUGAAAGUAAAUUACCUAAUGUUGGUGUCAAUAUUGAGUUGGGCAUUAGGGAUUCGGCAGGCAAAUCUGGUGUAAAGGUUGUAGGUAUCGAGACAACUGAGCUACCGACUGUCAACACAGAAUAUACUUCGACGAACGGGGCUGUGAAUGAGUCAACGCGCAUUGCCACUACUACAACGACAACUACCAAAAAUACCAUACUUACAACAACCCGUCAACGUAGCUUCGAAACCGAAGAUGGCACAAAUGUUCUUUUCGUUGGAGAAGGCAUUGACGGAGCCUACCCACCAGGCACUGUACAGAAAAUUUCUCUCAUUACUCAUGAAGAGAAACUGAAGACUCCUAUCGUGAAAAUGCAUCUAGAUUUUCCAGAGGUUAGUCUUCGCGUGACUGAGACUGUUACUGAAAAUCGAGAGUCCCUACAGAAAACCGCCGAUAGUAGCGAAACUUCUAUAGUUGAGUUCACAGAAGCGAAGCCAGAAGUAGUCGGAACUGUUGAUGUGACAAUUACAGAUUCACUGAAACAGCAAAAGGAUGAGGAAAUUCCAAAGAUAGAUUCAAUAGAACAGGUUGAUAAGCCAAAGGUUGUAGAAAAGAAUAAUGAGCCCCCGUCUGAUUUAACUCCUGAGGAGCAGAAAUUAUUCGAAGAUAUUCAAAAGAAACUAUCCAAGAAAGAUAAGAAAAAGCGACCAGCAAUCCCUGAAGAGUUCAUUAAGCAAGAAACAAUUCAGGUGCUUGUUGAGGAAAGUAAAGGUAAUGAGACCGUUAAAUCACCGAUUGUAGAUGACAAACUGUCUCUCACCCCGAUUCCUCCAGCCGACAAUGUUCUAGUAGACUUAGUGCAGAAUCUUUCUCAAGAUAUAUCAUUGAUUUCAAUUGCAAAGACCAUUGAGCAUGCCAAGGCUGAUAUACUUUAUCGUGAAAGAAUGCAAGCAACGCCAGAAAUUCCUUUAGAUAUUCAAGUAGAAACGCAAGUUGAUAUUCCAUGUGAAAUCCAGUUACUCCCCGAACCUACUAAUAUUGCUAAUCAAGUUGUUCCUGCCAAGCCAAGCGCAUUAACUGCUGAAGCAUUUGUGGUUAACACGGAUACCAUCACUCAAGAGCUCGACGAACUACUCCAAUCGCUCUCAACCAUCGAGGAUGGCAUUGGAAACAUGAACCACAGCAGCUUGGAGGGCAUGCAACAGGGACUGAAGCUAAUCCAAAAGAAUCUGGAAGUACAUGAGAAGGAAGCCCUAAAGCUCAAGGAUCAAGCUAAGACAUUGCCAACAGACCCAGGAACUGAGCGUUUGCUAAACGAGACAGUAGAUCGCAUCGAUCUGCUGUUGAGGCGUACACAACAAGGCAUUUCCAUGAUAGCCAGCGCGAUGCAUGGCCAAAAGAAGCGCGAGGAGGAGAUCGACGAGUAUCAGAAGCAUUUGUUGGAGCUGGAGCGCUGGAUCAAUGAGGUCUCGGCGGAGCUGGCCUCGUUCGAGCCCACCCCGGACAGCAGCACCGACGAGCAUGUGCUGAAGACACAGGUGGAGCGUAGUCAGCAAUUGCUGCGCACUCUGAAGGAUCGACAGCAGUCCAUGGAGGAUUUGGUGGAGCAGACGCGUGAGCUGCAGACACACCCCGAUGUGGCGCCAUUGGCCGACACACUGAUGGAACAGCUGCAGAGCAUCAUAAUCAUCUUGCGGGAGCAGAUCACCGUGGCCACCAAGCGCAUCUUCACCAUUGAGAAGCGCAUCGUGGACCUGCGCAAGGCCAAGCGAGAUGAGUCACAGCGCCAACGCGUGCUGGCCGAUGCACAAAUACUGGCACCAGUCAGUGUUAGCGCAGCGCCCGAAUCCAUCGAGUCCAAUGAGAACACAAUCGACUCCAGCUCCAUGCCGGAAGAGGAGAUCAAGCCAACUGGUGUUUAUGUGGAGACACAAACAUCGCUGAGCCUGCAGCAGCAGCCGGAGCAACAACAGCACCAGAUCGAAACUAGCAAUGUGGAGGCCCAGACCAGCUUCCAGGAGCUUCCGCCAUUGGCCGCCAUUGAAACUGCAGAAGUCGCGCUGCAGACAAUCAAAGAACGGCCACCGACUGAAAACAUAAUGGUCACACAGACUGUGCAGGAUGGCCAGGAAACGAUACAGAUUGACACACAGCUCAACAAGAAUAUACCCGAAUCGCCGGAGGAUGUGGAGAUCGAGGCGCGUUACCAUCAGCAGCCCAAGGGCGAUGUGGAUCGAGCCACAGAGCUGAUCCUGAAGAAUGUGCCACAGGCCUUCGAAACGACAUUUGUUGAGCCCGACGAAACCACAACCGAGGUGGUUGUCGGUGCCGAUGGCACCAAGCACAUUGUCGUGAAGAAAGUCACGCGAACGCGCCAGCAAAUCGUGCAGCAGCAGCAGAUUAGCUCCAUUGAAACGGUUAGCGAUGCUGACGGCAACAUUGAAGUGCAGUCAACCGGCCAGAUAAACCUGGAGAAUGUGCAGACUACGGACACUGAGGCCGAUCCAGACCAGAGUGCCUAUCGCACCGUUGUAACGCAGCAAACGCGCGGCACGCUGCUGGAUGGCUCCCAACCGGAGGCUGUGGUUGUCAGCGAAUUUGAGACGGAGCCGGUCAUAGAGAAAUACGAACAGCUACUGAGUCCCGAUGCCCAAGGCAACUUGCAGCCAUUCCGUGCAGCGGCCGGCGAGUCCGCAAUGGAUGAUCGUCUAGGCGGCAGCAGCAUACACACAGUUUUGCAGCAGGUGACGCGAAAGGUCAUACGCAAGACGCGUAAGAUAAUCAAGCGUGUGGUUGUCAUCGACGGCAAGGAGCACGUGACUGAGGAGGUGGUUGAGGAGCCCGAAGAGAUUGAGGUGACUGAGGAGGAGACAAUGCCGCAUGUCAGCGUGAACAUUGUGCGCACGGUGAAUGGCAAGGUGGUGAGCGAGGAGGAGUUCCAGAGCAUGAUGCAGCAGCCGGGCGUAGUCAUCGAAGAAGUUGCAACGGAUCUGUCCCAACAGACAGUUGAACCGCCGCAACAGGUAUUUGAUAUUGAGUCUAUCAACAUCUCCAACACCACCACCACAACCACACAAGAACAGACAUCACCAACUACAACAACAACAACAACAACAACAACUGCAACUGCAAUUACAACAGAAACGACUAAAGCAGCACCUGUAGAAUUGCCAGCACCUCAAGUAGACAUUGAAGAAAUCGUAAAUGUUGAAACUAUCAGUCCCGUUAAUGUUGCAGAAUCUGCAGUAACAGUACCUCAAGAGCCCACAACCACCACUCAAGUAACCACCACCACCACCACAACAAGAACAGCAACAUCAGAGAGCCAACCCGUGGUGGAAGAUAUUAAGGAAAUUUGGCCACAGGAGCACCAUUUGGUAUCCACAAAUAUAGACUUCUCCCAGCAUGUCGAGGAGGUGACACCACCAGCAGUUCCCGCCAGUCCAGAGACAUCAAUGCCUGCCGAAACCAUUUGGCCAACUAGUCCAGAGACUGGCAACUCCAUCUCACUGGAAUCGUAUGUGUUUGAGCCAACGAUCCCAGCCGCUGUUAGCAUCAAAUCCGAGACAACAGAGGAAACACAAGAAAAGACUGACAAGCAACCGGAAGAGCCGCUGCCUGAACCCAAAACUGAUAUAGAAGCCUUCCUGGCCGCUGAAAAAGCGCAAGCUCUGCCCGCCAUAAGCCAAACUGAAGUUCCCGCCACACCGAUAGCCCAACAGGUGGAGCCAGAAACAAUUGUGGCACAAAUUGAGCCAGAAAUUGUGCAAGCUGAAGAAUCUGUGAUAGAAGUGCCUCCCAUUGAUAUUGCCGAUAAGGAGCUGGCGACGCCACAAACCGACAUAAAUGUGGCCACCCAGCUCUUUAUUAUGGGCGAGGCAGCCGCCUCGGAUUCGCCGCGCAAGACCUAUCAGAUAACGGCGCCUUCUGUGGAGAGCACUGGAGCUGGUGUGCUCAAGGUUGCGAUGACACCGCCGACAGAGCAUGAGGAAACCAGUGCUACACCUGCUAAGGUAACCAUGACCAUCGUGGAGACUGUCACAGCACCUGUAGACCAGGACGACGAUGCGUCGGCGAAGCGAAGUCGAAAGAAAAAGAAGAGAAGAGAUGAGCCAGAAGAAACGAUUGAACCAAAGCAACCAGAGCCCAUUCCCACUUCCGCUCCCGUUCCCGUUCCAUCGUCCGACAUUGAGCCGGAAUCGGUGCAGGAGACAGGCUACGAACCAGAGGAAAAGUCUGUGAGUGAGAAUGUUGAUGAGGAUUCGGCUGACUCGAAGAAGAAGCGCCGCAAGAAGAAGAAACAAAAGGAGAAGCCACAAGAGGAGGAAUCACAGGUGCCGCUCUCAUCCGAUCAUUCUCUGCGCGAUGAUGAUACGACCAGCAUGGAGUCCGAAGAUAAACUACGUCACGAAGCAGUCGUCGAGAUCAGCACAGAGAGUGACUUAUCGAGCAUGGAUAUUGACCAGAGUGUCAAGGUGGUGGAAGACUCGAUCAUACCCUCGCCCACAGAGCAGUCGCGUGAUCCAUUUACACACGUGGUUAUACCCACAGAAAUUGUAGAGCUGGCGGCUCUCGAAGAUGUGGAACAACAGACGACGCCACGUGUAGCCACGCCCCCGACAGCUGCCACCGAACAGGAUAUGAAAUCAUCUCAGACUUCACCCCAGCACAUGCCCAAAUUGGAUGAGACGGCGGUGCAAACGAGCCUCGAUGUGCAGCCGGCUAAUCAGGAGAGCGAAUCGCAGACCCUGAUUGUGGAAAUCACCGAAACCGAAGCACAGACAACACCACGCACCACCGAGCAGCCCGAUCCCAUUGAGACACUCAGCACGGAAAUGCAGACCGAUGAGAAUGCUCAACCUCGGCCAACAGUGGAAAUUUCCAGCCAGACCAUUGUGACAACCACCACCGAAAAGGAGCUGCAAACCACUCCAAAAGAUUCACCACGACUGGCUGAAUCGAGCAGUGACCACAUCAUCCAGCCCCUAGUUACGGAACUGGUCAAAGACAUGACCAUUGACCUGCCGGUGCCCACAAGGGAGCAGUCCACAUUCAUGGAGGACACUGUCACCAAGGAGACUCAUAUGCAAACGAUUACGCCCGAGCCAACUGAAGUCGUGGCUCGCCAGCCUGAAGCACCUGUCGAGGUCAGCGAUGUUCUUGUGCAGACCACGCCGCGUGAAGAGCCACAGCCGAUUUCCCUAGAUGAUAACUCUUUGACAGCCACAUCGAUAUCUGAGCCCUACGAGCUGGAGGUGCGAACCACCGUGGCCAUACCCGCUGACUCGGAUACGUCUGUGGUGGAGCCAACGCUGUACGAAUACACGCAAACAAUGCAGCUGCCCAAGCCCGAGCGGAAAAAGAAGGGCAAGGGCAAGUCCGCGCCACAGCCAACUCCAGCGCAGGAUUCACAGAUCAGCGUAAGCGUCGAGAUCGCACCCGAACUCUUGGGCGAAUCUGGCAUUGUGCUCUCGACCAACCAGCAAAUUGAAGAGGUGCCACACCUGCCGCCAGUGCCGGACUUUGAGCCCGCUGAAGCGGAUCAGCAGAAGCCACCGCAGCGCGUGCAAUUGCAGAUCACAAAGACCACGGUGUACGAUGAAUACCCCGACUUGCCGGUGCACAUUGUUGAGCAGAACAAGGUGAGCAUUGCCGCGCAGCAGCAGAGCGGCAAGCCACGCGGUGGGCCGACAUCUUCGGUAACCAUUGAGGAAGUCGCCUCGCCCACCGAGGAGCUGGUGGUGCCCAUAACGCCAGGCCCAGAUAAUCUGAACGAGCAGAAUGUCUGGAUAGCUGCAACAGGCACCACAACUGUGGAUCGCACUCCCAUUCAAGCUUCUCAGGACCUUAUCAUGAGCGAGGGAUUGCAGCUGUAUCCGGGCACACAAACACAGCUGGCCAAGGAGGCGAUCGGCACUCGCAUCAAGCAAUUGAAGGAGACGACGCCACAGCAGCCGACGCCGCUUACCGAUGUCCUGCACUUGGCCACACUGUCCGAGCAGAUCAAGCAGCUGCCCACCUAUCAGCGCGUGGAAGAGGUCAACGAGGGAUUGAAGGACUUGGAUGAGGCGAUACGCAAGGGCGAUAAGACAGUUAUCCACACCACGGUCAUCACAGUCAUUGAGAAAGUAUCUACCUGGCUGGAAACUAUCGAGUAUCGUGUCUAUCUCAUACGUCAAAACUCCAAUGAAGGCCCAUCCGAGCAGAAACUGGACAACUACAAGGAGCUGAACAAAGAGCUGUCCACAAUCAAGGCGAAUGUCAGUCAUCUCGAGGGACAGCUCGCCAGGACGGAGAAGCCGACGCAGGCGGAGCUGUCUGAGUGCGUGGACACGCUCAAGGAACACAUCGAUGCAGUCGAGCAGGUGACACAGCAGAAUCAUGCCCAGGACAUCAAGGAUCUGGACAAGUGGCAGAACUUUGAGCUGCUCUACAGGGAAGUCAGCACAUUGCUGGAUUUCCUCCAGGAGCGUUACGAGCUGGCAAUCAGUGAGGAGCAUCCGCUGUCCACAAAGCUGGCACUGCUCGACGACCUCGAGCAGAAUCAUGCGGCUGGCCAAGAGCAGUUGAGUCAAUUGAUGCAGACGGCGCGCCUCUUCCAGCGUGAUUUCCCCAAUAAGAAAAUACCAGAGGAUGUCUACCUCACCUAUGAGAAGAGCAAGAAUAUUGGCAACAACAUCGAGGCGGAACGCGAACGACUACUUCAGCUGCAGUUGCUGGCCGAGGAGUACGAGCAGACGCUGAAGAAGUUCACCAAUAUCACGGUGCUGGCCGAUAAGAUGAUGGAGAGCCCCAUUGUGUCCAGCUCCCUGGAGCAGUUGAACAACGAGGUGCAGAAGCAACGCAAGUUCUUCGUCAAUUUGAGCCACUGUCGCGCCAUGCUCGAGUCCCUCGAGGAGAACAUUGACAGCGAGACGCGCGAGAAGCACUCGGAGCUGCACAAACAGCUCUACCAGAAGGCCACACAGCUGCUGGAGCGUGCCUCGGAGCGUUCCUCGAAACUGGUCCAAGCCGCCUCGCGCUGGACCGUGCUGGAGCGGGGCAUGCGCGACGAGCUGCAAUGGCUGCAGGUGGCCCAACAGCGUGUGCCAGACCUUUCGGCGGUUACAUCCGCCGACUAUGAUCAAUAUGCCACGCUCUACCAAUCCCUGAGCAACGACAUCUCGCACCAUUAUGUCAAGAUGACGCAGCUGUCGGGCAUAGCCAACAAGAUGCAGCUACUGGUGCAGGCGCCCAAUCUGGUCGAGGAAACCAACGAUGCCUUGAUUGUGCUGCUGAAGCUGCGUGAGGAGGUGGCGCUCUACUUGCACCGCCUGCUCGUCUUCAAGGAGAUCUGGGUGCAGUACGAGCAGCAGACCGAGAAAAUGGAGGCGUUCGUGCGCGAAGCAGAACAGGAACUGCGCCAGAUCCAGAUACCAAAGCAGCCCACUGAGCAGCCCAUUCCGCAUAUCAGACAAUUCUGGGAGAUCAAGGCGCGCUUCGAGCUGCACAACAACAUACGCAACGAUGCGGGUCAUAGUCUGGAGAAAUCCCUGCAAGUGAUACCGCUGGCCGACGAGAUGUUGCAGCGGCAGUUCCAUGCGCAGCUGGAGGAUCGCUGGCAGGCAGUGGCCCAGGCCAUCGAGCAAAUACAACGCAACAUUGUGGACUGCCUUUCCUCGGAGGAUAUGGCCGCCGACGAGAAACUCAAGCUGGUGGAACGUGAGCUGCAGGAAAUCUACCUGGCCAUGACCAGCAUGAAGGGCGUCAUCAAGAACGAGGAGGAGCUCUGCCUGUACAUCGAGCGUGUCCAGGUGCUGCGCACACGCGUUGGCUUCAUUGGCAACGAGCUGGGCCGCAUUGGCCUCCAGGAGCCCACAACUGAGCCCGAAAAAGUGGGCGAACUCUUCGCGCUCUCGCACAAGAUAACGACACAAAUAACCGAGGAGCUGGAGUUCGCAUCGGUGCUACGGGAUCAGCUGCAGGCCAUCCACGAGGGCAUCAGCAACCAGCGCAAGCAUCAGGCCAAGAUCUCAGUCAUCCUCGAUGAGUGUGAGGCCGCCGAGCGCCAAGGCGCCGACGUUAUCGAAAAGGCCGUCGCCGAUUGCCAGGGCGCCGGCGAGGAGCUCGUUGGCAGCUGGCAGGAGAUAAUGCGCAUACGGCAAAUGCUCCACACGCUGCCCAUGCGCCUGAAGAUGUCCGUGUCGCCGGUGAAGCUGGAGCGUGACAUUUCCCAGCUGCAGGACGACCACGCCUUCCUCGAGAGCAAGUGCACCAACAUUAUGGCCAUACUGCGUAAUCGUCUGGCGCUUUGGCUGCGCUACGAGCGCCAGCUGGAGCUGGUGCAUGGCUCGGUCCAGGAGACGGACUUCAUGAUGGAACUGAUACGUGUCCACGGCCAGGUUGACUACGAGCGCCUACGCAAGGCCACCGAGAGAUUGGAGGGUCUUGCGGGCGAUCUACAUAGUCGGGAGCAGCUGCUGGACGAGCUUAAGGGCGCCGCCAAGCCGCUGAUCGAGAGCUGUGAUGUGCAGAUAGUGGAGCAAAUUGAAUCAUCCGUGCAGGAUGCGGUAGUCGCCUGGAAUGAUACCACCGAGAAUCUGCAACAGCUCUGCACACGCUACCAGCGAGCCGUUGAGCUCUGGGACAAGUACCGGAACGCCUCAGCAGCGGUCAAGAGCUGCAUUGAACAGCAAAUGGACAGCGUCAAGUCCUUGGAGCAACCCUUGGAAACCAUGCAACAUGCCAAGGUCUGCCAGGAGAAUCUAAGCACACAGAAUGAUCGCCUGUUGGAGCUGCGCGAUAUUGUGGCCAAAAUCGCUGCCGAUGUGGGUCUGGAUGCCUCCACGCUGAUGCAAGGUGAGCUGGAUGCGCUGGGUCAGCGCUUGGCCGAGUGCAAGGAUGCCAUAACGACGCUGGCGAAUGUGGCCGAGACGCAGGACAAGGAGCGCAAGGAGCUCGACAGGGAGGUGACACAGGCCAAGGUUUACUUCAGCAAUGUGCAGCAGGACAUUUCGCGUGGCGAGCCACAGACGCCCAAGGAAAGCGAGGAGCAGCUGGCCGCGCUGCGUGCCCAUCUGCAGACGCUGGCGCGCACCGAGGAGCAGCUGCGUCAGCUGCGCGAGCGCCAGCAGAACAACAAUGAGCUGGCGAGUCCCGUUGGGGCGGCGGCGGCCGACGAUAGCAUCUUGGAGGUGCUGGCCAUGUGGCAGAAGAUAUUCCAGGACACCUUCCAGGAGUACCACCGGCUGUCCACGCGCCUGGCCCGCACCCAGAACAGCUCGGAGGCGCUGCGUCUGUGGCGCCAGUACCUGCAGCAUGUGCAAUCCUUCCUGGCCUGCGCCAUACCCGAGGACUACAGCAGCCUGCGCGAGCAGCAGCAGCUCUGCGCCAUACACCAGAAUCUGCUGAUCUCGCAGCAGAGCGUGCUGGCCGAGACCCCGCUCGAGUCGGAGCUGUCGGAGCAGUACAAGGCGCUGACCAACCUGCACAAUGAGACGCUCUCGCGCAUCAUGCAGCGCAAUGGCGAGCUGGAGCGCCGGGUCAGUGGCUGGAAUGCGUACCGCCAGCAGCUGGCUGCCCUCCUGGACUGGCUGCGCCAGCGUGAGGCGGAGCGCAACGCUCUGCAGCUGCGCUACAUCCACCUGAAGCGAGUGCCGCACCUGAAGGCGCGCCUCGACGCGCUGCUGCUGCAGCUGGCGCGCGGCGAGCAGCAGAGCGCGGCGCUGAAGGCGCAGCAGCAGCAGCUGGUGCAGUACUGCGACGAUGCGCUGGCCACGGCCAUGCGCAUGGAGCAGGCGAGCAUCAAUCAGCGCAUCAGCAAUCUGCGCGCCGCCCUCGAGACCUGGCAGAACUUCCUCAAGCGCAUCAAGCAGCUGGCGGACUCGUAUGAGCUGCGCGUGCAACAGCUGCAGGCGGAGUUCGGCAAGGCGCAGCAGCUGCUGGACAGCAGCUCAGGUGAUUCACUGCCCACCACACCCGCCGAAAUCGAGGAGCGUCUGGCCGCGCUGAGGGCACAGCGCGUCCAACUGGGCGCCCAGACGCCGCUGCUGGAGAGCCUGACGGUUAGCCAGGAGGAGCUGAAGGAGUGCAUCAGCCCGCACGACAUGAAGGCCAUACGCCAGCGCAGUUUCCUGCUCUCGCAGCAGCACGCCGACCUGGACUAUCAGCUCGCCGUGCUCAUCAACGCCAUCGAGGAGCGGCUCUCGCUGCUAUCCAACUACCAGGCGCGCUACGGACGCAUUUCGGACUGGCUGCGCAGCCUGGAGGAGCGUGUGGAGCGAGACGGGGAUGUGACCGCCGUGGCCAAUCCCGAGCAGGCAGCCAAGCAGCUGGAGCAGCAGAUCAACGGCGAGCUGCAGCUGCGCGACAAGGAGCGCGAAUGGCUGCUCUCCACGAGCCGGGAGCUGCAGACGCUCUACGCGGAUGCCACGCCCCAGGCGCAACAGGUGCGCGCACAGGUGCAGCAGCAGAGCGACGCACUGAUCGAUCGCUGGAAUCGGCUGAAGUUCAUGUGCAAGCAGCGGGCCACCAAGAUUGGCGAGCUGAAGCAGACGCUGCUGCGGCUGGAGGAGCGCAUUGCGCUGAUACGCACCUGGCUGUUCGAGGUGGAGUCGCAGCUGGACAAGCCGCUCAGCUUCGACAGCUACACGCCGAAUGUGAUCAAGGCCAAGCUGAGCGAGCACGAGAAGAUCCAGCGCUCCAUCGAGAACCAUAGCAGCAAUGUGGGCGAGGUGCUCAACCUGGUCGAAAUGAUGCUCAACGAUGCGGACAGCUGGCGCACCCAGGUGAACACCACGGGCCUGGCCUCGUCCGCCCAGAAUCUGGAGCAGCGCUGGAAGAACGUCUGCAGCCAGUCGGCGCAGCGCAAGACCCGUAUCCUGGACACAUGGAACGCCCUGCAGGAGCUGAUCAAGCUGACCACCGAGCACAAGAAUUGGCUGGCCAAGCAGGAGGCACAAAUGCUGGUGCUCGAGCGCGAACAGAAAUACACGAACAAGCAGAAGCUGGAGGAGCGACAGCAGGCGCUGCGCGCCAAGCUGGAGGAACUGGACGCCGAGUCCAUAAAUCUGCGCAAGCUGGAGCAAACCUAUGCCCGGCUCACCAUGAGUCCCGGCGUGGAGCCCGAGAACAUACAGAAGCUGACGAUGCCCACCAAGGUGAUGCUGAGCAAGUGGCGCAUGCUGACGCCACGCUGCCACGCCCAGCUGGACGCCAUUGACAAGGACGCCAAGCUGAUGCGUGACUUCAACACGGCUCAUCUCGAACUGACCAAAUCCCUAGUGGGCAUACAGAAGGCCCUCGAACAGGUGCCCAGCGCUGAGGAUCCUCAGUUGGCGGGCAGCAGCGAGCCGAAGGCUGUGCUCCAACGCUUGGAAGGACUGGAGCGCAAACUGCAGCAGGCCGAGCAGCAGGUGGAGCAGGCCAAUGCCCUGGGCAAGGAGGCCGAGGUGCGCUCCAAGCAGCAGCCCUCGCAGCUGAAGCACCUGCUCAAACUGAUUGCCGAAUACACAACGCUCUGGCAGACGGUGCAGACGACGCUGACCACGCAGAAGAUGAGCUGGCUGGCCCGUGCCACCAAAGAGGGAGUUGCGCUUGCGGCUGGCGCUGGGGCUGCAUUGCCCGUCAACGAAUCGCAUGCCAGUGUCCAGGUGAACACGCUGUCCCAGCGCAAGCUGCGCCAGGCCCAACUGCAGCGGGAGACCUCAAUUACGGCCAAGGAUGCGUACGUGAUGGAGCUGCAGACAGCGAUUACCGAGUGCCAGAACAAUCUGGAGGAGCUGCAGCGCACCAUCGUAGACAAGACGCGCAAGCCGGGUCCCCAGAAGAUCGCCAAGCUGCUGGGCAACGCCCAGUCGUCCACGGAGCUAGUGAAGCAUCUCAGCCAUCUGCUGCUCACCGAGUGCCAGGCGGACAACGAAGCUGCCCAAGUGGAUGUCGUGUCAGAGCUAGCGUUGCGCUUCGAUACCCUGCAAUCGCAGUGGAAGGCGCGCCAGCAGCACGAUCAAAAUGCUAGUGAGGUCGGCCGGCUAACGUGUCCGCUCUGCACGCAGCGCAAUUGGCAGCAGAUCGACAACGAUCUGUGGCGCCUGGAGCAGUGGCUGCUGUUCGCCGAGAGCACGCAGAAAGCGCAGACGAGCCCGCCCUCGAACAUUGAGCUGCUGGAGGAUGUGACGCAGGAUCAUCGCGAGUUCCUGCUGGAUCUGGAGAGUCACAAGUCGAUCAUCUCAUCGCUGAAUGUUGUGGGCGACCACCUGGCCACCCACACCAUGGACACGGAGAAGGCGCGCCAGCUGCGCUCCCGCCUCGAGGCGGACAACGAGCGCUGGAACAAUGUGUGCAUCAAUGCCACCAAAUGGCAGGGUCUCCUGCAGACGGCCCUGAUGGGCAACAGCGAGUUCCAUCAGACCAUCGAUGAGCUGGUCGACUGGCUGCAGCGCACCGAGAAGAACAUCAAGGCCUCGGAGCCGGUCGAUCUGACCGAAGAGCGCAGCGUGCUCGAGGCCAAGUUCAACAAGUUCAAGGACCUGCGCGCCGAGCUCGAGCGCUGUGAGCCGCGUGUCGUCAGCCUACAGGAUGCCGCCGACCAGCUGCUGCGAGCCGUCGAGGGCUCCGAGGAGCAGUCACAGCACACCUACGAGAGAACACUUUCCAGGCUAACCGAUCUCCGACUGCGGCUGCAGUCCCUGCGCCGUCUCUCCGGCAUCUACAUCGUCAAGCUGGGCGCCGUCCUCGGCUACGAGGGCGACAACCUGGGCGUGCCGCUCCAAAUGUUGUCGAAUGAGCUUUUGGAUAAUACUACAUUAUCAACCUCUUCUAUGCAGGCCGCCGCACCCAACACAGAAAAUGCAAAUCGCAGCGAUGGCGAUGCUGCCGAUGGCGAUGUCAUCAAUACCACGGUUCUGGCUCGAGGUGCACGAUUCCUCGGGCGCGUUGCACGUGCCUCGCUGCCCAUACAGGCGCUCAUGCUGCUGCUUUUAGGUGUGGCAACACUGGUGCCCCACGGUGAGGACUACACCUGCAUGUUCUCCAACACCUUCGCUCGGAGUCUGGAGCCAAUGCUAUCCUAUCCGCAUGGCCCGCCGCCAACGUAAGCCCUGAUGGCGUUCCCAAUUGGAUUAGUGCAAUAAAUUUAGGGUCGAAACAUCCAUCCCUCCCCAACUGUGAACAGUUAAGAUAAAAACCAAAACACAAUCCAACUACCCCCACCCAAGUCCCAAUCCCCACAACAACACGAAUAUGCCUUUAAAAAUGAUAAAAAAAAAAUAACAUAAACCAGAGAAAAAAAAGAAGAAAAUCUAAAAAAAAAGCUGUAAUAUUGAAAGAAAAACACUGUAUACCGUAUUGUAUGUAAGCGAAAAUGUUUGUUAUCAAAAUUCUUGUACAAGAUAUAAGGCAACCGAUCCAACCCGAUCGGGUGUGUUAAGUCAUGUAAAUUUUUGUAAUUUUCCACAAAAUGAAACUAAAUGUAUGUAUAUUAUUUUUGGUAGCUAGACAGUCGAAACAUGCCGAAAUAAAUAUGUACAGAACAAAUAAUGGUAUAAUAUACUAUGUAAACUGAACCCUACUCGACGAGCAUAAACCAAGAAACACUUGAUAAAAAAACAAAAAACAAAAAUGAAAGCAAAAUAAGAAAAAUAACGAUAUAUAACGAAAUACUUUUUCAAGAGACAAACAGAAAUACAUAUAUUAACGAUAUAUACAUUAUACAUAUAUAUUUGCACAGCAAACAUUUAUAUAUAUACUAUAUAAACCUAUGCCCAAAAUUAUAAUGCCCAACAUUUUGUAUAUAAAAACUAAGAAAACGAAAGCAAAAACAAAACAAGAAAAUACGCACACACGAAAAUAUGCAACGAGUAGCGCACGCCUCUCCACAGUCCCAGAGCCAUUGUGGGCGUGGUCGGGCGAAUAUCGUGGAACAUAUUCGCCCGGCCCGGCCAGUGGACAACAGCCUUUAAGACAAACCAUGACCCACAUAGACCAAAUUGCCCAGUGCGCGGAUCAAGAGUCGAACUAUGCUUCCAGUCAGCUGUCGCAUUCAUCUCCCAAACUCUGGAUGUGGCUGCUGCGCUGGGGCUGCGUCUUGACUCUGGCUCCGCACACUGGGCACUAGAUGGCCCCAAGCUGUCUGGGGAUAGACGCUGCCUGGAGCCAAGCUCUCUCCCACGGCUCCUGAGCAGCGGCUCUGCAGCUCUUAGCACCCGCCACAGGUGUCGCUGCUGAAUCCUCAACUAAACAUCUCGCAGCCAAGGCUCUCUAAGACCUCAAAGCAUUCCUGAAACUCAUUUCCAAAAUUUGUACCAUAGACAGAUCGAAAAUCGAAAAACAAGUCCACUAGCUGUUGCCCCUCUCUGCUGUUGGCCUGGAGAAGUGUGCGCGAAAGGCGCAAAACGAAGCAAGUGUCCUAUGCCGGUGCUAAACCAAAUUAAAAAAAAAAAAAAACAAUAUUCUUAAACAAAAUAUAUAUAAUAAAAACUGACAAAUUGCGUAUGAAGAAAGUUGAAAAAAAAAAAAAAAACCGAAAAAUGUUGAAAUAGUAAUGGAACAGGUUAUCCUCCAUCCAGUUAAAAAAAA